AUGCGUUUCAUGCCCUUUGGUUUGGUGGCACCUGGUUUUGGUUUGUCCGACAGCGUUGUGGUGGACUGGUGAGAAAUUAUUGGGGAUAAAUGCUAUUCAACGUUUUUCAGUUGGUGGAUGGACAGCGCCGUCACUCAAGCCUAAGCCCUCUCCCGACCACAACUCCCGUUAAAAACCAUUGAGUUUCUGCGUAUUUGACAGAUCCUGGUUUUGAAAAUGCCCUUAUGUUUAUAACUCCUCCCUUUAACUCACACAGGGGAAUCCCAGAGCAGGUCAGACGCCUCAUCGAUGCCAUGAAGAACAAUACGGUGAGAAGAGAUAAUAUCUCUAGAUAAUAUCUAUACAGUGAGAAGAGAUAACAUUAUAUUAUAAUUAGGGCUGUCAAACGAUUAAAACAUUUAAUCGAGUUAACUUGCAGAAUUUGCUGCAAUUAAGUGAGCUGUAAUUUAAGAUUUUUCAUACAAAGAACAUUACAAUAAUAUUGCUGUCUUGAUUUUGUCUAAAUUAAAUGUUAGCAAAAUGUGUUAAUUGAGAAAGCACACUUUAUUUAACCUCAAUGUCAACUUGUUUUUACAUGGCAUUGAUUUUAGCUGUAUAGAUUAUCUAUUUCGGAUGUUUUCAGCUUAUUUUCAACGCAUUCGGACAAUGCGAUUAAAAAAACCUAACAUUUCAAAAAGUUAACUCGAGUUAACUGAUUAACUCUGACAGCCCUAAUUAUAAUAAUGGCUUGCAUUUAUGUAGCAGCACCAUAAAGGGCUUUACGAUGUAUGGGAUUGUUGACUUGCCCAUCCACCACCAAUGUGUAGCACCAUAGCCUUUUUAAGGAUAGCUUUUCCACUCCCUAUUUUGUAUUUAUUAUUAAUUCAAUUCAAGUGAGUAAAACUUGCAGUACCUCUUACAGUGGCAGCAGAGGGGCUUUUCGGAUGGCUUGCAUACACCCAAAAGCUGACAUAUUGUGCAUUUUUGGACGAACAAUCAUCUCUGUUGUGUGUUUGCUGCAUCAAUAAUUGGACAACAUUGUCUCCCUCUCUUAUUUCCCUCUCCCUCUCUAUCCCACUCACAUACACAGGCGGUGGAUUUCGAGAAGGACUGGAAAUUGGUGACCCUCUUCAUUGGGGGCAAUGACCUGUGUCAGUACUGCAAUAAUAGGGCGAGUCUAAAUAAUAAGAAUAAUAUCAUAACCAUUAUAACUUUACUAGCAGCAAUUUAAUCAGCUGAUUGGAUAAUGAUAAAUCAAUAGCACGUUUUGAAAGGCUUUUCCCAUUUAAGUCUGCAUGAAUGUUACAUUGAAAUGCAUUUAUAUUUUAAUAUCGGUGUGCAUGAUUCAUGCCACAAUGAAAUUGCAAUGUUAAAAUGAAAAAAAUUGGAAAUCAUAAACUAAAUGAAAAUGGUAAACAUAACAUGGCAAAUGUUAAACCGAAAAUGUUAAAUGCAAUGUGUAAAUUGAAAUGGAAAGUGUCUGUCUUGGAGAUUAAAUUGGGAUCAUACAUGCUCUGCUAAUGUCGAUUACUAAAAAGGAGUAUAACGGUACGGCGAACUUAACAAACAAGGCAUUUGUGGUAAGUGCAUGGAGGCCGCCAUCUUUAUGCACCUUGGCAAUUUUUCUGGAGUCACGCAAAGUUACUCAUCACAUGGUCUCCGAACCAUCUCCGUUACACUAGCAGCUCCUUGACCACACAGCAGGCACACUUUCAACAGGGCUCAGAUGGGUCUCUGAGUAGCAGGAGAAGGAUGGUGAAUUGUAACUGACGUAGUGCAUUGACCACACAUGCAUGAUUAGUAGUCCCAACCUUGCCUGAGACCUGAAGAGUUUCAUUGGCUUCCUGAAUCAAUGCCUAGGCUUGGGUUUAGCAGACCAAUUUGCUCUUCUGGUGCACAGGAUACCUGGGUUCGCACCCUGUUGGUUACACUAGUCAAAUAUCAAUUCACAGAGAGCUUGAUAUGGCUAGUAUGUACUACAUACAGUGAGGGAAAAAAGUAUUUGAUCCUCUGCUGAUUUUGUACUUUUGCCCACUGACAAAGAAAUGAUCAGUCUAUAAUUUUAAUGGUAGGUUUAUUUGGACAGUGAGAGACAUAAUAAUAACAAAAAAUUCCAGAAAGAUGCAUGUCAAACAUGUUAUAAAUUGAAUUUGCAUUUUAAUGAGGGAAAUAAGUAUUUGACCCCCUCUCAAUCAGAAAGAUUUCUGGCUCCCAGGUGUCUUUUAUACAGGUAACGAGCUGAGAUUAGGAGCACACUCUUAAAGGGAGUGCUCCUAAUCUCAGCUUGUUACCUGUAUAAAAGACACCUGUCCACAGAAGCAAUCAAUCAAUCAGAUUCCAAACUCUCCACCAUGGCCAAGACCAAAGAGCUCUUCAAGGAUGUCAGGGACAAGAUUGUACACCUACACAAGGCUGGAAUGGGCUACAAGACCAUCGCCAAGCAGCUUGAUGAGAAGGUAACAACAGUUGGUGCGAUUAUUCGCAAAUGGAAGAAACACAAAAUAACUGUCAAUCUCCCUCGGCCUGGGGCUCCAUGCAAGAUCUCACCUUGUGGAGUUGCAAUGAUCAUGAGAAUGGUGAGGAAUCAGCCCAGAACUACACGGGAGGAUCUUGUCAAUGAUCCCAAGGCAGCUGGACCAUAGUCACCAAGAAAACAAUUGGUAACACACUACGCUGUGAAGGACUGAAAUCCUGAAGCGCCCGCAAGGUCCCCCUGCUCAAGAAAGCACAUAUACAUGCCCGUCUGAAGUUUGCCAAUGAACAUCUGAAUGAUUCAGAGGAGAACUGGGUGAAAGUGUUGUGGUCAGAUCAGACCAAAAUGGAGCUCUUUGGCAUCAACUCAACUCACCGUGUUUGGAGGAGGAGGAAUGCUGCCUAUGACCCCAAGAACACCAUCCCCACUGUCAAACAUGGAGGUGGAAACAUUAUCCUUUGGGGGUGUUUUUCUGCUAAGGGGACAGGACAACUUCACCGCAUCAAAGGGACGAUGGACGGGGCCAUGUAACGUCAAAUCUUGGGUGGGAACCUCCUUCCCUCAGCCAGGGCAUUGAAAAUGGGUUGUGGAUGGGUAUUCCAGCAUGACAAUGACCCAAAACACACGGCCAAGGCAACAAAGGAGUAGCUCAAGAAGAAGCACAUUAAGGUCCUGCUUGGCGAUGGUCUUGUAGCCCAUUCCAUUUUUGACAUGCGUUUUUCUGGAUUUUUUUGUUGUUAUUCUGUCUCUCACUGUUCAAAUAAACCUACCAUUAAAAUUAUAGACUGAUCAUGUCUUUGUCAGUGGGCAAACGUACAAAAUCAGCAGGGGAUCAAAUACUUUUUUCCCUCACUGUAUGUAUGUAUGUAUGUAUGUAUUGUAGCAAUCCUCGCUAUAUGAGCCACGCUACAAUUCCCACCAAGUGGGUUAAUCCUAUUGCCGCGAUGUGUUUUGCCUUUCAUGCCGGGGACCCUGGUUCGCUUCCCGCUCCCUUUGUUUGCUAUGUAUGUUCAGUAACACUUCCAUUCCCAUCUCUCAAUACAGGCCUCAUUAUCCCCCAAGAACUAUAGCCGGCAUAUGAUGGCGAGCUUGGACCUGCUCUACAAAGAGGUAAUAGGACGUCUUUAUCAUUGGGCAUGGAACCUAAUUUUAUGUGGGAAAUUUGCAUGGUUUAGUUUUAGGCUUAAAGGAAAAUUCCACCCAAAAACAAUAUUUCAUUAGUCCAUUGUUUAUAUCCCACAAUGUUUUGCAUGUCAGCAAUCACUGACAAGCAAUAACUUUCAAAAUACAAAAAUACAGGUGGUAUGAUGCAUUUUGCAUCAGAUGAUGCUGCAUUUUGCAUCAUAUGAAGCAAAAUGCAUCAUUCCGGCUGUAUUUCUGUAUUUUGAAGGUUGUAUAUUUUGAAAACUUGAGUUUUUCUUUUAAGUACUCAGCUGUAAAAAAUAAAUAAAAAGGUGUGGCAACCCAUGUAAUCAAAAUGUAAUUUAACAUGCACUCUGAAAUGUAUCUUUGACAUGUUAAAUGAACACGUUUGAAUGGCAAACGGACUGUAUGAACAUUUCCAGUAGGGCCUACUUACUAAUUCUUCAUACUCAUUUAAAUGUAGGCAAACUUUUUGCUGACUCAAUUAAAUAAAAAGUAGCACAAUUGCAUGACUUUGAGAAGAUUACUUGUAGCCUAGGCCUAUUAUUAGAUUAGAAGACCUUUGCUAUAUUCAGUUUGGAAUAUGGUUCACACGUAAUUACAAACAGAAUAAAUAAGAAGCAAGUCCAUAUACCAUGGGGGGAGGGGAGGAGCUAUGUACAGGGGAUGGAUAGCUCUGACAGUUCCAGCCGCUGGGAUGAAGGUUUUUAGGUGUGGAUUUGGUGCUCCAGGAAUGGGUGGCUUGCAUCAUCCAUUAGCUGUUUUGCUUUGUUCGUCAUCAGCUUUCUGUAGUUCAGUCACAGACAUUUGGGCACUGCCAAUAAUUUAGCUGGCUUGUCUGACCUCUCUCUCCAGCUUCUUAUGGUCCUGGACACACAUGAGGCAGAAUGAAAGGAUGCUCUGGACUACACUGCUGUAGAACAGGGUCAUCAGGGUAAUUCAAAUAGUUCAACUUUCUCAUGAAAUAGAGGCAGUGCUGGGUUUUCAAAAGGCUCAGUUUUUUGUCAAUUUCUAAGAUCUGCUUGUUGUCAAUUUUAAACCUGAGAUAUUUGUAUGUAUUCACUCUCUGGAUUUCUGAGUCCCAUUUUUUUGUGGAGGGGAUGCCUGCCAUAUCUCGUUGGAAAUUGAUCACCAAGUCUUGUGUUUUCUUGACAUUUAUCUCCAGAUAGUUAUCACUACACCAGGGGUGUAUUCAUUAGUCAGACACUGUUGCAAAAAAAUUUGCACCGUAGCAAAAUGUUUUGCAACGGAAACCGUUUACUUCAAACAUAAAACAUUUUUCAAUGAAACCGAGAGUUUCUAUUGGACAAAUUCAGGUAGGUCCCUCCCAGUUUUGUUCCAUUUGCUUCUGUUUGGUUGUAGUGCACCCCAUUCACCCCUCAUUCACUAAACCUCAACUAAAUCUUAUAAUAAAUAAUAUGGAAAUUUAGUUACUUGAGGUGACUAAACUGCUUGUAGUAACCCUGGAUUGUAAACUGUCAUGGUCAAAACAUGUUAAUAUAACAGUAGCUAAGAUGGGGAGAAGUCUGUCCAUGAUAAAGCGCUAUCCUGCCUUUUAAACAACACUAUCAACAAGGCAGGUCCUACAGGCUCUAGUUUUGUCGCACCUGGACUACUGUUCAGUCAUGUGGUCAGGUGCCACAAAGAGGGACCUCGAAAAAUUACAAUUGGCUCAGAACAGGGCAGCACGUCUAGCCCUUAAAUGUACAUGGAGAGCUAACAUUAAUAAUAUGCAUGUAAAUCUCUCAUGGCUCAAAGUGGAGGACAGAUUGACUUCAUCACUACUUGUUUGUAAGAAGUGUUGACAUGCUAGCACACAGCUCGGACACCCAUGCAUACUCCGCAAGACAUGCCACCAAAGGUCUCUUCACAAUCCCUAAAUCCAGAACAGACUAUAGGAGACGCACAGUACUACAUAGAGCCAUGGCUACAUGGAACUCUAUUCCACAUCAGGUAACUGAUGCAAGCAGUAGAAUCAGAUUUUAAAAACAAACAGCGGGGACUAUGAAGACACAAACACAGGCACAUACACACAUCAAUCAAUCAAAUGUAUUUAUAAAGCCCUUUUUACAUCAGCAGAUGUCACAAAGUGCUAUACAGAAACCCAGCCUAAAACCCCAAACAGCAAGCAAUGCAGAUGUAGAAGCACGGUGGCUAGGAAAAACUCCCUAGAAAGGCAGAAACCUAGGAAGAAACCUAGAGAGGAACCAGGCUCUGAGGGGUGGCCAGGCCCCUUCUGGCUGUGCCGGGUGGAGAUUAUAACUGUACAGUGUCUUGCGAAAGUAUACACCCCCCUUGGCAUUUUUCCUAUUUUGUUGCCUUGCAACCUGGAAUUAAAGUGGAUUUUUUGGGGGUUUGUAUCAUUUGAUUUACAACAUGCCUACCACUUUGAAGAUGCAAAAUAUUUUUUAUUGUGAAACAAACAAGCAAGUCAAUCCUUUGUAGAGCCACCUUUUGCAGCAAUUACAGCUGCAAGUCUCUUGGGGUAUGUCUCUAUAAGCUUGGCACAUCUAGCCACUGGGAUUUUUGCCCAUUCUUCACGGCAAAACUGCUCCAGCUCCUUCAAAUUGGAUGGGUUCCGCUGGUGUACAGCAAUCUUUAAGUCAUACCACAGAUUCUCAAUUGGAUUGAGGUCUGGGCUUUGACUAGGCCAUUCCAAGACAUUUCAAUGUUUCCCCUUAAACCACUCGAGUGUUGCUUUAGCAGUAUGCUUAGGGUCAUUGUCCUGCUGGAUGGUGAACCUCCGUCCCAGUCUCAAAUCUCUGGAAGACUGAAACAGGUUUCCCUCAAGAAUUUCCCUGUAUUUAGCACCAUCCAUAAUUCCUUCAAUUCUGACCAGUUUCCAAGUCCCUGCCGAUGAAAAACAUUCAUGGUGUUCUCGGGGUGAUGGGUUUGCGCCAGACAUAGCGAUUUCCUUGAUUUACAUUUUAGUAAUUUAGCAGACGCUCUUAUCCAGAGCAACUUACAGUUAGUGAGUGCAUACAUUCUUUUAUUUUUUUCAUACUGACCCCCGUGGGAAACAAACCCACAAUCCUGGCAUUGCAAACGCCAUGCUCUACCAACUGAGCUACAUCCCUGCCGGCCAUUCUCUCCCCUACCCUGGACAAUGCUGGGCCAAUUGUGCACCGCCCCUCAUCUGACCAGAGGACCUUCUUCCAUAUGUUUGGGGAGUCUCCCACAUGCCUUUUGGCGAACACCAAACGUGUUUGCUUAUUUUUUCCUUUAAGCAAUGGCUUUUUUCUGGCCAUUCAUCCGUAAAGCCCAGCUCUGUGGAGUUUAUGGCUUAAAGUGGUCCUAUGGACAGAUACUCCAAUCUGCAGAGCCUCUCUGAUUAAUGCCCUCCUUGCCUGGUCCGUGAAUUUUGGUGGGCAGCCCUCUCUUGGCAGGUUUGUUGUGGAGCCAUAUUCUUUCCAUUUUUUUAUAAUGGAUUUAAUAGUGCUCCGUGGGAUGUUCAAAGUUUCUGAUAUUUUUUUAUAACCCAACCCUGAUCUGUACUUCUCCACAACUUUGUCCCUGACCUGUUUGGAGAGCUCCUUGGACUUCAUGGUGCCGCUUGCUUGGUGGUGCCCCUUGCUUAGUGGUGUUGCAGACUCUGGGGCCUUUCAGAACAGGUGUGUAUAUAUUCUGAGAUCAUGUGACAGAUCAUGUGACACUUAGAUUGCACAAAGGUGGACUUUAUUUAACUAAUUAUGUAACUUCUGAAGGUAAUUGGUUGCACCACAUCUUAUUUAGGGGCUUCAUAGCAAAGGGGGUGAAUACAUAUGCACUCACCACUUUUCCGCUAUUUAUUUUAUAGAAUUUGUUGAAACAAGUUAUUUUUUUCAUUUCACUUCACCAAUUUGGACUAUUUUGUGUAUGUCCAUUACAUGAAAUCCAAAUAAAAAUCCAUUUAAAUUACAGGUUGUAAUCCAACAAAAUAGGAAAAACACCACUUUUGCAAGGCACUGUACAUUUUUUUCCAAGAUGUUCAAACAUUCAUAGAUGACUAGCAGGGUCAAAUAAUCAUCACAGUGGUUGUAGAGGUUGCAACAGGUCAGUACAUCAGGAGUAAAUGUCACUUGGCUUUUCAUAGCCGGGCAUUUAGAGGUUGAAAUAGCAGGUACGGUAGAGAGAGAGUUGAAAACAGCAGGUCUGGGACAAGGUAGCACGUCCGGUGAACAGGUCAGGGUUUCAUAGCCGCAGGCAGAAGAGUGGAAACUGGAGCAGCAGCACGACCAGGUGGACUGGGGACAGCAAGGUGUCAUCAGGCCAGGUAGUCCUGAGGCAUGGUCCUAGGGCUCAGGUCCUCCGGGAGGGGAGGGAGAGAGAGAGAAUUAGAGGGAGCAUACUUAAAUUCACACAGGACACCAGAUAAGACAGGAGAAUAACACCAGAUAUAACAGACUUAACCUUGCCCCCCGGCACAUAGACUAUUGAGGCAUAGAUACUGGAGGCUUAGACAGGGAGGGUCGGGAGAUGAUAAGACACGCACUCUACACACACGUACAUAUGGAUUUUGUAUUGUAGAUAUGUGAUAGUAGAGUAGUGGCCUGGGGAUCAAAUCAAAUCAAACUUUAUUUGUCACAUGCGCCGAAUACAACAGGUGUAGACCUUACCGUGAAAUGCUUCCUUACAAGCCCUUAAUCAACAAUGCAGUUCAAGAAAGAGUUAAGAAAAUAUUUACCAAAGAAACUAAAGUAAAAAAUUAUAAAAAGUAACACAAUAAAAUAACAAUAACAAGGUUAUAUACAGGGGGUACUAGUACCGAGUCAAUGUGCGGGGGUACAGGGUAGUCGAGGUAAUUUGUACAUGUAGGUAGGGGUAAAGUGACUAUGCAUAGAUAAUAUACAGCGGGUAUCAGCAGUGUAAAAACAAAUGAGGGGGGGUCCUUAGCUUGGUGAUGAGCUUUGUGGGCACUAUGGUGUUGAACGCUGAGCUGUAGUCAAUGAACAUAAUUCUCACAUAGGUGUUCCUUUUGUCCUGGUGGGAAAGGGCAGUGUGGAGUGCGAUUGAGAUUGCGUCAUCAGUGGAUCUGUUGGGGCGAUAUGGGAAUUGGAGUGGGUCUAGGGUAUCCGGGAUGAUGCUGUUGAUGUGAACCAUGACCAGCCUUUCAAAGCACUUCAUGGGUACUGACGUGAGUGCUACGGGGCGGUAAUCAUUUAGGGAGGUUACCUUCGCUUCCUUGGGCACAGGGUCUGCUUGAAACAUGUAGGUAUUACAGACUCGGUCAGGGAGAGGUUGAAAAUGUCAGUGAAGACACUUGCCAGUUGAUCCGUGCAUGCUUUGAGUAAUCCAUCUGGCUCCGCGGCUUUGUGAAUGUUGACCUGUUUAAAGGUCUUGUUCACAUUGGCUACCGAGAGCGUUUUCACACAGUCGUCUGGAACAGCUGAUGCUCUCAUGCAUGCUUCAGCGUUGCUUGCAUCGAAUCGAGCAUAAAAGGCAUUUCGCUCCCCCCACAUAUACACCCGCCCAUACCCACAUACUGUGCCUUCUAUGUCCUCUGUUUGCUGUGUUUUUAUCUCUACCAUGUUUAUUCCUACCUAAUUUCGGGCUUUUGAGUACUUUUGUGUUCCAGCUCCUUAUAUUUGAAGAUGUAUUAUUUCAAUAAUUGUUGUUUAUUUUAAUGCUGUCUUAUCUAUUUAUAAAUAAUAUAAAUAGAAAGUUGAAUACUAAUUGAAUACUGUUGCAUUUUAUUGGUUUCCUGUUUUUAUUACAAUCCCCACCAUGGAUAGUGUUGGGUGUUCCAUUAUUCGAGUCCUCUAUGGGAACUUUAUAUUUUUUAGAAUAGCCAUGGAGUAGUCUUGGUGUCUCGGAGCAGUUGGUUAUCAAUGUACAAUUUAUCGACUACGAGUGCUACACGUUUCCCUUUGAGUCUAUUCACUAUGAAGAGUGGGUACAGAACUUUGCUCCGUUCUACAAUUUCCUUCAGGAACUAAUCGUUCAUGCCUGUUUUGUGCCAGCGAGUCUUUUGCCCUGGCUUUUAACAAUUAUUUUAUCUUUAAAGAAUGCAAAUUUGACAACGAUUAGAUACUCAUAUCGCUUUCGUCUCUGUCUGAAAAGGUGUACACGUUCAAGUUGGAUUUUGUCGACGGUAUCGCCUGGGAUUUGUAGCGCUUUAACCUCUUUAGGAUCACAUCCUUCUUCUUAAUUUCUGCCUAAAUGACAUAUCCAAACCUAACUGCCUGUAGCUCAGGACCUGAAGCAAGGAUAUGCAAAUUAUUGAUACUAUUUGAAAGGAAACACUUUGAAGUUUGUGGAAAUUUAAAAUUAUUGUAGGAUAACAUAACAUAAUAGAUCUGGUAAAAGAUAAAACAAACAAAAAAAACGGUUUUCUAUUUUUAUUUUAGUUGCAUCUUUGACAUGAAAAAUAAAAGCCAUAGAUUACGAUAAUUUAGAUGUUGUCCACAAGAGGUCAACAGUGUGUGCAAAGUUUCAGACUGAUACCUUCAAGAAUGAGCGAGCUACAUAACAUUUAGUAUGAAGUCACCCAGGUGUCCCUCAUGAGUUUGCCCAAGUGGCCGAAUUGGUAAAUUGAUACAUUUUCAAGUACAUACAGUGGGGGAAAAAAGUAUUUAGUCAGCCACCAAUUGUGCAAGUUCUCCCACUUAAAAAGAUGAGAGAGGCCUGUAAUUUUCAUCAUAGGUACACGUCAACUAUGCCAGACAAAUUGAGAUUUUUUCUCUCCAGAAAAUCACGUUGUAGGAUUUUUUAUGAAUUUAUUUGCAAAUUAUGGUGGAAAAUAAGUAUUUGGUCACCUACAAACAAGCAAGAUUUCUGGCUCUCACAGAUCUGUAACUUCUUCUUUAAGAGGCUCCUCUGUCCUCCACUCGUUACCUGUAUUAAUGGCACCUGUUUGAACUUGUUAUCAGUAUAAAAGACACCUGGCCACAACCACAAACAGUCACACUCCAAAAUCCACUAUGGCCAAGACCAAAGAGCUGUCAAAGGACACCAGAAACAAAAUGGUAGACCUGCACCAGGCUGGGAAGACUGAAUCUGCAAUAGGUAAGCAGCUUGGUUUGAAGAAAUCAACUCUGGGAGCAAUUAUUAGGAAAUGGAAGACAUACAAGACCACUGAUAAUCUCCCUCGAUCUGGGGCUCCAUGCAAGAUCUCACCCCGUGGGGUCAAAAUGAUCACAAGAACGGUGAGCAAAAAUCCCAGAACCACACGGGGGGACCUAGUGAAUAACCUGCAGAGAGCUGGGACCAAAGUAACAAAGCCUACCAUCAGUAACACACUACGCCGCCAGGGACUCAAAUCCUGCAGUGCCAGACGUGUCCCCCUGCUUAAGCCAGUACAUGUCCAGGCCCAUCUGAAGUUUGCUAGAGUGCAUUUGGAUGAUCCAGAAGAGGAUUGGGAGAAUGUCAUAUGGUCAGAUGAAACCAAAAUAGAACUUUUUGGUAAAAACUCAACUCGUCAUGUUUGGAGGACAAAGAAUGCUGAGUUGCAUCCAAAGAACACCAUACCUACUGUGAAGCAUGGGGGUGGAAACAUCAUGCUUUGGGGCUGUUUUUCUGCAAAGGGACCAGGACGACUGAUCCGUGUAAAGGAAAGACUGAAUGGGGCCAUGUAUCGUGAGAUUUUGAGUGAAAACCUCCUUCCAUCAGCAAGGGCAUUGAAGAUGAAACGUGGCUGGGUCUUUCAGCAUGACAAUGAUCCCGAACACACCGCCCGGGCAACUAAGGAGUGGCUUCGUAAGAAGCAUUUCAAGGUCCUGGAGUGGCCUAGCCAGUCUCCAGAUCUCAACCCCAUAGAAAAUCUUUGGAGGGAGUUGAAAGUCCGUGUUGCCCAGUGACAGCCCUAAAACAUCACUGCUCUAGAGGAGAUCUUCAUGGAGGAAUGGGCCAAAAUACCAGCAACAGUGUGUGAUAACCUUGUGAAGACUUACAGAAAACGUUUGACCUGUGUCAAUGCCAACAAAGGGUAUAUAACAAAGUAUUGAGAAACUUUUGUUAUUGACCAAAUACUUAUUUUCCACCAUAAUUUGCAAAUAAAUUCAUUAAAAAUCCUACAAUGUGAUUUUCUGGAUUUUUUUUCUCAUUUUGUCUGUCAUAGUUGACGUGUACCUAUGAUGAAAAUUACAGGCCUCUCUCAUCUUUUUAAGUGGGAGAACUUGCACAAUUGGUGGCUGACUAAAUACUUUUUUUCCCCACUGUAACUAUAGAGAACAUACAAAAAUGCUAUGGUAAUAAAAAAUACAAGUUUACACACUCCCAGGAAUAUCAUACAUGAUGGAUCAUUAGCUUCCCUACAUAAGACACUAACCUUCACACAUCUAGAUGGCCGGGCGGGGUGGGUGUGGAGCCAGAGACAGCAGUAGGGGUCCGACUGAAUGAACCAGUUUCUAAUGGAGGACUUGAAUGUGGUCUCUUUAGUGUUGGCUCCCAGAGGUCAUUUGAGUCAGAGUCUCUAGCACUAUAGAAUAUAUUUUUUUAAAUCAGUAAGAACUCAAGUUUACUAUUACUUAUUUUAUUGAACCUGUAUUUUAGCAGUUGGUGAGCCUUGCAUCAAUACUUUUACGGAUGAGUCCUGCAUCAAUACAUCAAAUAAACAACAUAUACAGUUUUUAUAUACAUAUAUUAUAUAGAGUUUGGGCAACACAAUCACUAUGAUGAAAUGUGUUUACCAAUAGUAAAUAGGGCACAGACCUACAAUGUAUUUAUACAGAGCUAAGAUGUAUUAGCAUAGCCAUUGUGUAUUUUAUGUUGACUGAGUCUCUAGCACUAUAGAAUAUUUUUAAAAUGCAGUAAGAACUCAAAUGUACUAUUACUUAUUUUAUUGAACCUUUAUUUUAGUAGGGGGUGAGCCCUGCAUCAAUUAUUUUAGCAGGGGGGUGAGCCCUAGCCAAUGUGUAUUUUAUGUUGACUAUCACAUGCUGUGCCUGUGGUUUUCGAGUGCCCUAUUUACCAUUAGUAAACAUAUUUCAUUAUAGUGACCACUGACAAAGACAUGAUCAGUCUAUCAUUUUAAUGGCAGGUUUAUUUGAACAGUGAGAGACAGAAUAACAACAAAAAAAUCCAGAAAAACGCAUGUCAAAAAUGUUAUAAAUUGAUUUGCAUUUUAAUGAGGGAAAUAAGUAUUUGACCCUUUUGCAAAACAUGACUUAGUACUUGGUGGCAAAACCCUUGUUGGCAAUCACAGAGGUCAGACGUUUCUUGUAGUUGGCCACCAGGUUUGCACACAUCUCAGGAGGGAUUUUGUUCCACUCCUCUGCAGAUCUUCUCCAAGUCAUUAAGGUUUCGAGGCUGACGUUUGGCAACUCGAACCUUCAGCUCCCUCCACAGAUGUUCUAUGGGAUUAAGGUCUGGAGACUGGCUAGGCCACUCCAGGACCUUAAUGUGCUUCUUCUUGAGCCACUCCUUUGUUGCCUUGGCUGUGUGUUUUGGGUCAUUGUCAUGCUGGAUACCCAUUCACGACCCAUUUUCAAUGCCCUGGCUGAGGGAAGGAGGUUCUCAUCCAAGAUUUGACGGUACAUGGCCCCGUCCAUCGUCCCUUUGAUGAGGUGAAGUUGUCCUGUCCCCUUAGCAGAAAAACACCCCCAAAGCAUAAUGUUUCCACUUCCAUGUUUGACGGUGGGGAUGGUGUUCUUGGUGUCAUAGGCAGCAUUCCUCCUCCUCCAAACACGGCGAGUUGAGUUGAUGCCAAAGAGCUCCAUUUUGGUCUGAUCUGACCACAACACUUUCACCCAGUUCUCCUCUGAAUCAUUCAGAUGUUCAUUGGCAAACUUCUGACGGGUAUGUAUAUAUGCUUUCUUGAGCAGGGGGACCUUGCGGGCGCUUCAGGAUUUCAGUCCUUCACGGCGUAGUGUGUUACCAAUUAUUUUCUUGGUGACUAUGGUCCCAGCUUCCUUGAGAUCAUUGACAAGAUCCUCCCGUGUAGUUCUGGGCUGAUUCCUCACCGUUCUCAUGAUCAUUGCAACUCCACGAGGUGAGAUCUUGCAUGGAGCCCCAGGCCGAGGGAGAUCGACAGGUCUUUUAUGUUUCUUCCAUUUGCGUAUAAUCGCACCAACUGUUGUCACCUUCUCACCAAGCUGCUUGGCGAUGGUCUUGUAGCCCAUUCCAGCCUUGUGUAGGUCUACAAUGUUGUCCCUGACAUUCUUGGAGAGCUCUUUGGUCUUGGCCAUGGUGGAGAGUUUGGAAUCUGAUUGAUUCAUUGUUUUUGUGGACAGUUGUCUUUUAUACAGGUAACAAGCUGAGAUUUGGAGCACUCCUUUGAAGAGUGUGCUCCUAAUCUCAGCUCGUUACCUGUAUAAAAGACACCUGGGAGCCAGAAAUCUUUCUGAUUGAGAGGGGGUCAAAUACUUAUUUCCCUCAUUAAAAUGCAAAUCAAUUUAUAACAUUUUUGACAUGCGUUUUUCUGGAUUUUUUUGUUGUUAUUCUGUCUCUCACUGUUCAAAUAAACCUACCAUUAAAAUUAUAGAUUGAUCAUUUAUUUGUCAGUGGGCAAACUUACAAAUUCAGCAGGGGAUCAAAUACUUUUUUCCCUCAAUGUAUACAUAUAGCAAUCAAAGAAAAAUAUCUCAGAUGAAUAAUAUGCAACCAUUUAAACAAUGGCAUUAGCAUGAGAAGAAAUAAAGUGUUUUACUUACCAGUCUAAAGUUACGUCUUUCCCAUCCAAAAGAAAUCAGUGUGCGUCUACAGUGUAAUCACUGAGUCCUCAUCAACUUCUAUGUCACAUUCCCGAUCGAUUUCUGCAAUAAUCUCAUCCAAAUCUGUAUACUUUGUCUUCGAUUUAAGAUUUUCCUGCUUUAUUAGCCAUGUUCUACUUCCUAAAAUAGCAAAAAACUUAGUAAAAGUAAUCGAGCGUGCGUGCGUAAUAUGUGUCCCUCUUUGUUCUCUCGAUUUUAUCUGCCCGAUGUAGGUUGCACAAUGGCAAAAUGGCUUUUAUGUCACGUUCGUCGGAUACAGAGGACCAAGGCGCAGCGUGGAAGGUGAACAUAUUUAUAAAUAAUGAUUACACGAACAAAACAACAAAUCGAUACGUGACGUCCAAAGGUGCAAAACACAAACCUACACAGGAACAAGAUCCCACAAACACUGUGGGAAAACUGGCUGCUUAAGUAUGGUUCCCAAUCAGAGACAACAAGCAACAGCUGAUACACGUUGCCUCUGAUUGAGAACCACACUGGCCAACAUAGAACUACAAAACUAGAACGAAAAACAAAUGAAAACUCACACCCUGGCUCAACAUACUAGAGUCCCCAGAGCCAGGGCGUGACAGUACCCCCCCCCCCCCCCCCCCCCAAAGGCGCGGACUCCGGCCGCGCCAACCAAACACCACAGGGGAGGGACCGGGUGGGCACUCCGCCUUGGCGGCGGAUCCGGCUCCGGGCAUGAUUCCCACUCCCUCUCCAACCCCCCAAAGUACCCCUGGUCCGGUCUGACCCUGCUGGCCGGAGCUGGACUGAACACCGGUGGAGCGGAUUGCUCUAGCUCCGACGUGGAGCAGCUGACCGGUGCCGAACCAGGCACCGGUGGAACAGGCACGGGCUGUGCCGGACUGACGACGCACACCACUGGCUUGGUGUGGGGAGCAGGAACAGGCCGAACCGGGCUGACGAUGCGCACCAUAGGCUUGGUGCGUGGAGCAGGAACAGGCCGAACCGGGCUGACGAUGCGCACCAUAGGCUUGGUGCGUGGAGCAGGAACAGGCCGGGCCGGGCUGACGAUGUGCACCAUAGGCUUGGUGCGUGGAGCAGGAACAGGCCGGGCCGGGCUGACGACGCGCACCACAGGCUCGAUGCGAGGAACAGGAACAGGCCGGACCGUACUGGGGACACACACCACUGGCCCUACGCAGGGAUCAGGAACGGGCCGGACUGGACUGGUAACACACCCCAGUACCUCUCGCCGUGCCUCUACACUUUCCCUCUCCUCUGUGACCAGUGGCCCCCUUAACCUGGCGGCCUCCUCUGCAAACCCGCUGGACCGCUCUAUCGCGGCCUCCUGCUGCCCCGUCAUCCACGGCGUGAGCUCCCCCCCCUAAAACAUUUCUGGGGGCCUCUCCUCCCCGUGGGCCAGGCCCAGUCGAGGUUGAUGUCCUUUAGCGAUACCUCUGGUGCUGGCUCCAGGACACGCUGCUUGGUCCAGUGUUGGUGGGAUCUUCUGUCACGUUCGUCGGAUACAGAGGACCAAGGCGCAGCGUGGAAGGUGAACAUAUUUAUAAAUAAUGAUUACACGAACAAAACAACAAAUCGAUACGUGACGUCCAAAGGUGCAAAACACAAACCUACACAGGAACAAGAUCCCACAAACACUGUGGGAAAACUGGCUGCUUAAGUAUGGUUCCCAAUUAGAGACAACAAGCAACAGCUGAUACACGUUGCCUCUGAUUGAGAACCACACUGGCCAACAUAGAACUACAAAACUAGAACGAAAAACAAAUGAAAACUCACACCCUGGCUCAACAUACUAGAGUCCCCAGAGCCAGGGCGUGACAUUUUACUCACACAAAGGACCAUCACAUACUCCUGUAAAGCCAAUCUCAUUGGCUAUCUAGCUAGCUAUGUUUCAAAAUGGUAGGUGGUCAUUGGACCAAGAUACAGUCAAUCAAGUGAACACCGCCUGUCUCAUUGGUGCGUAAUUAUGUCAAUCCUUGGUGGGCUAAUAUACCUUUUGAUUAGCCAAUGGGUUAUGCAGAAUUAUGAAACAAGUUCUGUCGCCUUCUAGAGUAUCUGAGGAUUGCAGAAAAACCCAACCUGACUGGGUGAAACAAGGUGUAGCGUUUAUAUUACGUUGAAAUGUUUUGUUGCAAGUUCAACUAGUCGGAAUUCAGGCGAAACGCUGUAUAAAACAUGGACCAUGUUAGGAUAUAAAAAUGGAUUUUAUCAAACAAAACAACACUACUUUUUAUCUCUGUUACCCUCAGGAUGACAAAUCAGAGCAAGAUUACUGAAUGUAAGUACAUUAUUUACUUUCAGAGAUGAAUGUAUCAAACCAGUUGCCUUGAUAAGUGUUUUGUUGUUGUGCACUAUCUUCAAACAAUAGCAUGGUAUUUUUUCGCUGUAAUACCUACUGUAAAUUGGACACUGCAGUUAGAUUAACAAUAAAUAUAUGUCCAUGAAAAUUUGCUUUUGUUUACAAUGACAUUGUAGUCACAUUAUCCAUAUUGAACAACAACUGUCCCGGUUUCGGGACACCCAUCCAGUAGAGGUUAACCAGGGUAUUUUUCACCACCCUCUCUGGAUCUUCACCCUAGAUUGCUUUGUUAGUUUGUAGCCCAAACUGUUUGGACACUACAGCUGUACUGACUUCAAAUGAGUCCUGUGGCCCAAACCGCCGUUUUUGUGAGAAUACAGAUUUUCAGGAUGUCUCCUGGUCUGACAAACAGCGCUGUAGCUCUGCCACCUUCCACCGCAGAUGUGGAAGGACGACAUAUGCGGAUGCUGUGGAUUGAGACACAGCCCAUAUCUUCUAGCUUAAACAGACGGAUUUUGUGGGAGAUUAUUUUAUUACGUUUGUCGUGAUGUGACUUUAACAUUAAUCUCAAGACUGUUAUCAUUAAUGAACUAACUAUGUUUAAUUGUUACCCAAUUUAAAUUAAUCAUGUAACAAUUAACUCAUUAGGAUCUGGGGCACCACGAGAGUGGUUCUUCAAAGAGUUACCAUCUCCCAAAUUAAACUCUAAAAGGUCUUUACCUAUCACAUCUAUAAACAGUCAACUUAUUAAUCAUAGCCUCGUACCAUAUCAUCACUCUGAACGUCGUAACCUCCUUACAUCUCCAAAAACCCAAACCUUACUUUUGAUUCAGUACUACACAAAUUAGUUUAAUUAUUUAUUUACUAGCUAAUUAAAUGGGAACACAGGAUAAACAUACACACUCUGCACCAGUUAUUGACUGGAGAAAACAGGUCCCUAGCGGAAUGACAACAACAUGGCUGCUUGUUAACAAGAAGAGAUGGAGAGGGAGAGAGAGAAGGACAGAGAUAAUACUUCGAUACAUUCAGAAACUACACUCACCUACAGGACCUAUAUACUUUGCACACGAACCGCUGCCCUCUUUGAGUAAGAAAUCCUGAAUGUAUUUACUUGAAAUGUCUGGUUCACCGUGUAUCUCUCGGUGGACAGGACCGCCCUGGAAAGGGAGUUGGGCCUUCUACUGUUGUUCUCCUCUGUAGUUGUCCGGUAUCCGGUGAUGAGAGUAGUGUAACACGAUCAGAGUAACAGAGGAUGGUCCUACUUAAAUUCGCUUUCGAAGAUACUUUACUUAGGACAGCUAAUCAGCCGUACCAAUGAUUGUCCGGGAGGUGAGUUUUCCUUCUUCACCUCGUGUUGCAAUUCAGAGUUCCAACCACUUUAAACGUGUAGCUCCCGCUUCACGCUUUUCUGGUCUAAAUUUGAAUUUCUUUACCAAUCCUUUUAUGCACUCUGGUUGAAAGGGGUGGUUCCGUCAGGCCGACACGCUCUCUGACCUCACUCGGGGCGUGGCUACCUACUGUGCAAAGUUUUGUGUAAAACCAUUAUCUCUUAUGGCUCCUUAAAUCACAUCCCUAUCUUAACAAAAAUACUUUCAUCGUUUUUCAGAUUUCAAGCACAACGCAUCGGAUGGAAACUUUGUACAUGUAGUGGGUAUACUUAAUAAGUUACAGUAUUUCCUUUAUAACAUUUUUAAUGACAUCACAAAAUAACCAACCAAACAACAUUCGUUUUCUAUAGAUCGCCUCUGACAUUCCCCACGUUCUCUGUUAGGAAUAUUGUUCCAGUAUUCGCUUUUGAAUUUGUUAAUGUUUCAGCGGGGAAAGGCCUCUAGAGACAAAGACCAUUCCUUUGUGAAUUUGGAGAGGGAGACCCUGGAUCUCCUCUCCUUUGACUUACAACAGGGCGUGAGGUGUCAAACCCCCACAGUUCCCUCCUCCCCCUCUCUGUGGGUGAGAGGGGGACUGGUUGAAGUUAUUCAUUGCAAACCUGAUCUGACCUAUUUGGAUCCUCACAGGACAAUCAUGACAUGUUAUUAGAUUAUUAGAUUGACGCUCGGGAAUCGACUCUAGGGGGUCCAGUGAAAAUCUAAAUUUUCAGCUCAUACCCAAAUAAUUUGGUUGACUUGUCCUUUACUUGUAGUUGUGGCCAAAGCAUAAAUUAGAGAAUAGCCACUCAGUAAAACCCCAUCUCAAACAUGUUUUUGAAACAAACUGUUUCAAAAAGUGCUUCAAAUUUGCUUGGAGAAUGAUGACAUUCUUCUUGGCCGAGACAGGCCGUACGUGAUUGAUCCAGCAACUUAUUCAUUUUUUUCCCAAUUUCUCUGGUGGUGAGAAGGACUAGGUUAGACAUGGGCACAUGAGUCUGCACAAGCUGGGGAAGCGGGAUGAGUCACAAGAUAGCGGGUAUGCCCUAAUGGUUGUUGGACUUGGAGAUGGAGUCAGGGGAACCGAUUGAGUUCAGUAAGAAGGCGGGCAGGAAAAAAGGAAGAAAGUGGAACAUACUUUAUUAAAAGUAAAUAUGGAGUGCUGCAGAAGGAAAUUGAACAUUAAUUAAUUGCACUCUGGAGUGCUCUGGAGCAGGUUUUGAUCAAGGAUCUCUCUGUACUUUGCUCUGUUCAUCUUUCCCCACAGCAUGAUGCUGACAUUAUCAUGCUUCACUGUAGGGAUGGUAUUGGCAAGGUGAUGAGCGGUGCCUGGUUUCCUCUAGACAUUACACUUGGCAUUCAGGCCAAAGAGUUCAAUCUUGGUUUCAUCAGACCAGAGAAUCUUGCUUCUCAUGUUCUGAGAGUCCUUUAGGUGCCUUUUGGCAAACUCCAAGCGGGCUGUCAUGUGCCUUUUACUGAGGAGUGGCUUCCAUCUGGCCACACUACCAUAAAGGCCUGAUUGGUGGAGUGCUGCAGAGAUGGUGGUCCUUCUGGAAGGUUCUCCUAUCUCCACAGAGGAACUCUGGCGCUCUAUCAGAGUGACCAUCGGGUUCUUGGUCACCUCCCUGACCAAGGCUCUUCACCCCCAAUUGCUCAGUUUGGCCGGGCGGCCAGCUCUAGGAAGAGUCUUGGUGGUCCCAAACGUCUUCCAUCGACACAAUCCUUUCUUGCAGCUUUACGGACAAUUCCAUUGACCUCAUGGCUUGGUUUUUGCUCUGACAUGCACUGUCAACUGUGGGACCUUAUAUAGACAGGUGUGUACCUUUCCAAAUCAUGUCCAAUCAAUUGAAUUUACCACAGGUGGACUUAGGGCUGUGGCGGUCACGAAAUGUAGUCAGCCGGUGAUUGUCAAGCAAAUAACUGUCGGUCUCACGUUAAUUUACCGUUUAAUUAACAUAAACACAUUUAGCAUCUCCUGGCCUCCACACAUAGCCUACAGCCAUUUUAAAAAGUCUAAAAAUCCAUGUAAUAUAGCCUAUAUCUUCACAAUAAAUCCAUUAUUUACUGUAGAAAGGUCUAAAGAAGCAUGAUAUGAAGGAAAUGUAGUCUUUUUCAGAAGAAAAUAAUAGUCCUUAUGUUAGGUCCUGAUGUGGCAAUGCCAAAUGGCUGUGGGCUACACUAGUUAAUUUCGCAGACAAGAUUUGCUUAGAAUUCCAUGGCAUUAUUUUAUAUUAUUUUGCAGUAUGAAGAAUACAAUUGAACAAACCUGAAUAAAAUAUAAAUAUUUUCUCCAAACAAUUUGAAGGAGUGCGCACAUGCGGCUAUUAUGUGUUGAGCGGUUAACAAAUAAAUGGGUUCUCCUAUAUGCUUAAUUUAGAGUUAAUAAUGUAACUUUAGUUAUUCGAUAAACGUUGGGCUAUAUGUUUUUAUUUUUAAUACAUUGUAAGGCUGCAUGAUGAGACUCUAAUGAUGAUUUGAAAAAAGUUGCUUGAAAGGUUUGAGCUCUGCUUAGUUUUUUUUGCGCAGGCUGUACACACUCCAAUAGUCUCUCAUUCACAAUUUGACAAGCACUUGAUAAUGCCUCCAAUUUCACAGCAGCAUCCCCUUUGUGGCCGUAAUGCACCCUAAAAAAAUCCAUGCCUUUUGCGGCCCUGAGUGCUGCAUUGUGCCUUUUCUCCCUGAGUGUGCUGCGCAAUCCGAAGCAACUCUCACUCACAUGGCUCUCAGUCAUGUGAUCGGGUCUUUCUCAUAGGCUACAAGUGUAGACAGACACAUCGGGGACGCAACUGCGUGCGCCUUAUCCAAUUCCGAUGUGCAUAUUGAAGAUAUUGGAAGAACAGUCCACAUGUACUUUUCGUCAGCCAACAAGAUGAGUAGGCCUAACGAACAGCAAAAGCAUUAGCCUAUGUCAAUCUACUAUCCCCCAUAGUACAAAAGUCAACCUAUUCUGUGCGAUAAAUAAAUAUUCCAAACGUAGUCUGGGACAGUUGUGGGAUGCGAUAGAUCCCAAAUUAAUACAACCACUAGCAUCAAAAAACAUUUUGUAUGCAAUGUGGCUGACGCAACAGAUCAGAACGUUUAGCUUAAAAUGUUGAUAAACUAUUAGGCUAUUUCUUCACAUUAUAAGCGCAGCAAUGCGCACAUGGUAGUAGGCUAUAAGCGCGAAUGUUCCAUUAGCGGAAAACACCAUUAUUAAAAAAUACUUUAUAUAAUAUAUAUGUGACAAUUGUUUUGAUUUAGAAUGGUCCAUUAUCACGCACCUGUAUCGAAACAUGUAAUCUAUGCACUUAAAUGGCGAAUGGAUGACGCUUUUCCCCAUGGUUUAUUUUCAUGCCAGCCAGGUAGGCUAUACUCCUGUUGUAAAUAUAAGCAAUGUGCUUAAUAUUAGGAAAGUUGAGAAAUAAAUAUAGUAGGGCUAGCCUAUAGAAAGCUGAUGGGACCCUCCUCUUAUUAUUAGCGGCCUCCCAAAAUUGCAUAGCCUAUAGAAAUGUUGCGCAACAUGAGCUCAUGGGCUCUCAUAAAGUGUUUGAUUUGAUUUUCGAAUACACUUGCAUUGAUGUCAGAGUGAUUAGAGGGACAAUAGAGUACUGAGUACCAGGCAGUUAGCAAGUUUGGUAGGCUACUAAUGACCAGCAGCAGUAUCAGAGCUUGGAGAAGCCUACUUACCGUGACUAAAUGGUCAUGUGGAAUUGGACUGCCUUCGUGACUUGUGACCGUCGGUGUGGCGGUAAUACGGUCACCACAACAGCCCUAGGUGGACUCCAAUCAAGUUGUAGAAACAUCUCAAGGAUGAUCAAUGGAAACAGGAUGCACCUGAGCUCAAUUUUGAGUCUCAUAGCAAAGGGUCAGAAUACUUAUGUAAAUAAGGUAUCUUAUUUUUAACACAUUUGCAAAAAUGUCUAAAAAACUGUUUUCGCUUUGUCAUUAUGGGGUAUUGUGUGAUUGAUGAGGGAAAAAAUGUACGGCUGUAUCGUAACAAAAUGUGUAAAAAGUCAAGGGGUCUGAAUACUUUCCAAAUGCUUAUAUAGUGCCAAACAUAAGGGGUUAAAUAAAUGUAAAAAAUUAAUAACUAAUACAUACUGAUCUUUCGUAUAUCUCUCAGAUAUAGGACAGACACCUCAGAUCAAACUUCCUUUAGAUUUUUUGGGGACUAUCUGUUGUUCCAUGUAGUGAAUCUGUUAUUCAAUGCGUGUGCAUGGGCAAAUAGCAGUAAGGCCAAAAAUAUUUUUUCAUCACUUUUUUUCAUCACUAUUUUCUGAUACUUCAACGGGUCUUAAAAUUCAAAAUCAAUAGCAAAAUGAUCCUUGGUAUGACCUUCUUAAAAUAAUUCCAUAUAGCUUAGUAGUGAUGUUUUUGCAAAUAAUAUCAGCGACCACUGCCCUAUUGCUUGCAUUAGAGAUACCAAAUUUAAUAACUCUGACCCUCGUAUAAUUGUGAAGAUAUAUUUUUGGAAAAUUCUCGCCCCAGGCGUUCCUUCAUGAUACAUAUUAUUCAGAGCUUUUUUCUACUAGCUGCAUACCAGACCCUAUUUUGGCACUUGAAUUUUUUUCAACAAUUUUACUUCUCUGGCUGAUAAACAUACACCUUUCCAGCGACACAAAGUCAAAAAAACUAACUAACCCAUGGUACUCUCCUGUACUCUCAGACCUCCUCUUGAUAAGAAAUCAAGCCUUGGCCAAGGCUAGACAAAAUGGCUCGUUAGCUGAUUGGCAGCUAUUUAGGCAAUUGAGAAAUAGGUGCAGUGCCUCGGUUAAACUGGGCAAAUCGCCCCUCAUUGCUGGCUCAAUAUCACACAUUUUUUAUUUAACUUCAGUAUCAGGAAAUAUUCCAAAAGUGUAGAAAGCAGCUUUUGUGCUACCACUCCAUAAGGGCGGGGAUAGUAUUGAUCUUGAUAAUUAUCGACCCAUUUCCAGACCCAUUUCCAAUACUAGUCAUUGGUCAACAAACAGCUACGUUAUUUUCUAUCUGUAAAUUGUAUUCUUAAUGUUAAUCAAUCCAGAUUCAGACCUAAAUAUAGUACCACUAUGGCUACCAUGAAAAUGGUAUUGCAAAUGCCUUGAGAUGAUAGAAAGAAUUGUGCUGCCAUGUUUGUAGACUUGCCAAAGGCUUUUUAUACUGUAGACCAUGUUAUUCUGUUGAAUAAGCUUUCCUCGAUAGGCUUGGGUACUGAUGCUUGUGAUGGUUUCAUAAUUAUCUAAACGACAAAACUCAGGCCAUCAAGGUAGAUGGGGUCAAAUCUGAGUUCCUUGAGUUACAUAAAUGAGUACCCCAAGGUUCAAUACUCGGCCCACUACUGUUUACAAUCUAUAUAAAUAAACAAAACAUAAAGUCAAAAAUACAAACAUAUUUUAUAAACAGUGUGUGCUAAUGUAGUAAGUUAUGGAGGUAAGGCAAUAAAUAGGCCAUAGUGCAAAAUAGUUACAAUUUCGUAUUAACACUGGAAUGAUAGAUGUGCAAAAGAUGAUGUGCAAAUAGAGAUACUGGGGCGCAAAUUAGCAAAAUAAAUAACAAUAUGGGGAUGAGGUAGUUGGGUGGGCUAAUUUCAGAAUGGCUGUGUACAGGUGCAGUGAUCGGUAAGCUGCUCUGACAACUGACGCUCAAAGUUAGUGAGGGAGAUAAGAGUCUCCAGCUUCAGAGAUUUUUGCAGUUCGUUCCAGUCAUUGGCAGCAGAGAACCGGAAGUUACGGCGGCCAAAGGAGGUGUUGGCUUUGGGGAUGACCAGUGAGAUAUACCUGCUGGAGCGCAGACUACGGGUGGGUGUUGCUAUGGUGACCAGUGAGCUAAGGUAAGACAGGGAUUUGCCAAGCAGUGAUUUAUAGAUGACCUGGAGCCAGUGGGUUUGGCAACGAAUAUGUAGUGAGGGCCUGCCAACAAGAGCGUACAGGUCACAAUGGUGGGUAGUAUAUGGGGCUUUGGUGACAAAACGGAUGGCACUGUGAUAGACUACAUCCAAUUUGCUGAGUAGUGUGUUGGAGGCUAUUUUGUAAAUGACAUCGCCAAAGUCAAGGAUCGGUAGUAUAGUCAGUUUUACGAGGGCAUGUUUGGCAGCAUGAGUGAAGGAGGCUUUGUUGCGAAAUAGGAAGCCGAUUCUAGAUCUAACUUUUGAUUGGAGAUGCUUAAUGUGAGUCUGGAAGGAGAGUUUACAGUCUACCCAGAUAGGUAGUUGUCCACAUACUCUAGGUCAGACCCGCCGAGAGUAGUGAUUCUAGUCGGGUGGGCGGGUGCAAGCAGCGUUCGGUUGAAGAGCAUGCAUUUAGUUUUACUAGUGUUUAAGAGCAGUUGGAGGCUACGGAAGGAGUGUUGUAUGGCGUUGAAGCUCGUUUGGAGGUUUGUUAACAGUGUCCAAUGAAGGGCCAGAUGUAUACAAAAUGGUGUCGUCCGCAUAGAGGUGGAUCCGAGCUUCACCAGCAGCAAGACGAACAUCAUUGAUAUACACAGAGAAUAGAGUCGGCCCGAGAAUUGAACCCUGUGGCACCCCCAUAGAGACGGCCAGAGGUCCAGACAACAGGCCCUCCGAUUUGACACGUUGAACUCUAUCUGAGAAGUAGUUGGUGAACCAGGUGAGGGAUAUUAUCUAUAUGCAUGCAGCAGCAUCUACACAUAAACCACUAGAUGCUGUUUUUUACAUUGUGCCCUUAGGUUUAUUACUGGUGAUGGUUAUCAAACUCACCAUUGUGUUUUGUAUGAAAAAGUGGGUUAGGCCUCUUUGUAUGUAAGGAGAGAGCAGCAUUUUCUAUCUACAAAGCACUCAUGCAGAAACAUCCUAUGUAUCUAUUAUCAUUAAUUCAAUUUAGACUUACAAAUGACCAAACCCGGUCUCAGGCUUGGGUAACACUGCUUUUAGUUUUUUUGUGCCCUUUAUGUAGAACAACUUACAGAGCUCUCUGAAAUUAGAUGUUCUGGUCCCCCUUGGUCAGUUCAGAGUAAUGACCGGAGACCUCUAUGUUGAUAAAUGUGUCUGUUUUUCUGAAUAUAAUUUGUAAUUUUCUAUAUUGUAUGUGUUUGUUGUAUUUAUGCAGGGCUCAUAUGUAAAAGAGACCCUAGUCUCAGUAUAACUUCCCUUUCAAAAUGAAGGUUAAAUAAAAGUGUGCAGGAGGAAAAAGUUGUGUGUGUAAACUGUAGGGAUACCCAUGGUGCUGGAGAUCAGAGGUGUCCGGUGAGAGAAAUGCAGGUUGAGGUUGCCAGGAUCAGAGCAGUGCAGAAGGUGUCGUAUGCUCAGGCAGUGGAGAGAGUAGUAGAGGAAGAUGGUUCCAGGGUGAGGGAUCCUAAAAUAAUGCCUGUGAGAAGGCCGAAGUCAAUAGAGAAUGAUUGGAAUAACUUGCUUCAGUAAGUGUAACGCAGGAAUGGAAUGUACUGUAAAUCACAAAGGAUAGAUGUGGUGGCAGAUGCAGAGAAGUACUUGGGUGUACGAGAUUUUACUGCAGAAGAGUUACAAGGUGUUUUGAAUGAUAGUGUCCCUUCCUCCCAGGCUACUGGCUUGGUAUAGGAUCACAUAGGGCCAAAGUAGUGGAAUACUAGUGAUGAGGUUUUAAUGGGUGUAGGGUUAGUUGGUAGGGGAAUUUUUUCACAAAGUGUAAUGAAUUCCUAUUACAGAAUAGUAGGCUGAUACACAGUCAAUACAGUAUGUGGCGGCAUGCACCUAUAACAUUUGUUUGCGGACCGCCAUAAUACCAAAGAAAAAGAAGUGCACACAAGCUAGCUAGCAAGCCAAGCGAUCCACAACUCGUGUUAGCAAAAAGGACAAAGCCUAUACAACAGGGAUCAUCAACUAGAUUCAGACGCGAGCCAAUUUCUUCUUGAGCGGAUGGUCGGGGGGCUGGAACAUAAUAAAACAAAUUAGAUUAGAUUGCAAAUUGACUUCAAGAAGCCUAAACAUAUAUAAUUUUGACUAAAACAUAAUCAUUUCAAACCUUGAUUACGUUUGGGGACAUUGCCCUGCGUAGGGUGGCGUCUUUCGGAUGGAACGUUAAAAUGGGUGUCCUGACUCUCUGUGAUCAUUCAAAAUCCCAUGGCACUUAUUGUAAGAGUAGGGAUGUUCACCCCGGUGUCAUGGCUAAAUUCCCAACCUGGCCACAUUCCAUCAUGGCCACCUAAUCAUCCCCCUCAUUCCUAAUUGGCAUAUAUCACUCCUUACCUCUCCACCUGAUAGCUGAGCGUUCUGGCACAAAGAUUACCGCCGUGCAAUUAUAAGUGAUACAUUCACAGCAGACCGUAAAGACCUUGUAGAGGCAGCUAAGAAAUAAAGCAUAUUUUUCUUAUAGACCCUUUUCCAGUACACGAGACACUGAUGUCACGAACUGAUGUGCGCGACUCUUGGCGGCAGUAAGAAAGCCGUCGCCAUCUGCACCCAUUCAAUUUAGCCUAGAUUUAAGUUUUUAUUACAUUCUAAACAAAAUAACGUUUUUGGGUUCUCAUACACUUACAAUGAUGUUUUGAUUCUUGCUUGAACAGUCGCUAAGAUUAUAUUUGGUUGUGAUCUUAGCAAAAUAACUAUUUUGGAUGUAGCAGUUGUUAGCUGGAAUGCUAACUCUCAUUGAUACAGGCUGUAGCAAAUGCUAGCCAAAGAGCCAUUUUACUGGCUGAAGUGUUUUUAAGGUAUAAUGCAGUUGAUUUGUGAUGAUGACACAAACAUUAUAUUAAGCAGGAAAUUCAUACAAGCCUUAAAAUCCAAUUAUAAUCCAAAAGUAGUGUGAAAUGCACUCAUAAGCAACAUGUAAAUAGAGCCUUUUUUUGCUACCGUUUUACAAGAACUCCCCCUUGUUCUGCCGUGCGACAAUGUUUGCAAACACAGAAAGGGGUCUAUUAAUUCCAGAGAUCAGUCUCAAACCUGCCCCACGCUAAUUGCUGGACUUUCACAUAGAGGUUACUAGGUCACACCCAUUUCAAACCACAUUUGAAAAAAAAAAAUGUGGCUUGUUUAUCAAGUGUUCUGCCUUGCAAUAAUAAAUAAACUCAGCAAAAAAGUAACAUCCCUUUUUCAGGACCCUGUCUUUCAAAGAUAAUUUGUAAACAUCCAAAUAACUUCACAGAUCUUUAAAGGGUUUAAACACUGUUUCCCAUGCUUGUUCAAUGAACCAUAAACAUUUAAUGAACAUGCACCUGUGGAACGGUCGUUAAGACACUAACAGCUUACAGACGGUAGGUAAUUAAGGUCACAGUUAUGAAACUUAGGACACUAAAGAGGCCUUUCUAUUGACUCAGAAAAACACCCAAAAAAGAUGCCCAGGGUCCCUGCUCAUCUGCGUGAACGUGCCUUAGGCAUGCUGCAAGGAGGCAUGAGGACUGCAGAUGUGGCCAGGGCAAUAAAUUGCAAUGUCCGUACUGUGAGAUGCCUAAGACAGCGCUACAGGGAGACAGGAUGGACAGCUGAGUGUCCUCGCAGUGGCAGACCACGUGUAACAACACCUGCACAGGAUCGGUACAUCCGAACAUCACACCUGCAGGACAGGUACAGGAUGGCAACAACAACUGCCCGAGUUACACCAGGAAUGCACAAUCCCUCCAUCAGUGCUCAGACCGUCCGUAAUAGGCUGAGAGAGGGCUUGUAGGCCUGUUGUAAGGCAGGUCCUCACCAGACAUCACCAGUAACAACGUUGCCUAUGGGCACAAACCCACCAUCGCUGGACCAGACAGGACUGGCAAAAAGUGCUCUUCACUGACGAGUCGCAGUUUUGUCUUACCAGGGGUAAUGGUCGGAUUCGCGUUUAUCGUCAAAGGAAUGAGCAUUACACCGAGGCCUGUACUCUGGAGCGGGAUCGAUUUGGAGGUGGAGGGUCCGUCAUGGUUUGGGGUGGUGUGUCACAGCAUCAUCGGACUGAGCUUGUCAUUGCAGGCAAUCUCAACGCUGUGCGUUACAGGGAAGACAUUCCUCCUCCCUCAUGUGGUACCCUUCCUGCAGGCUCAUCCUGACAUGACCCUCCAGCAUGACAAUGCCACCAGCCAUACUGCUCGUUCUUUGCGUGAUUUCCUGCAAGACAGGAAUGUCAGUGUUCUGCCAUGGCCAGCGAAGAGCCCUGAUCUCAAUCCCAUUGAGCACGUCUGGGACCUGUUGGAUCGGAGGGUGAGGGCUAGGGCCAUUUCCCCCAGAAAUGUCCGGGAACUUGCAGGUGCAUUGGUGGAAGAGUGGGGUAACAUCUCACAGCAAGAACUGGCAAAUCUGUUGCAGUCCAUGAGGAGGAGAUGCACUGCAGUACUUAAUGCAGCUGGUGGCCACACCAGAUACUGACUGUUACUUUUGAUUUUGACCCCCCCUUUGUUCAGGGACACAUUAUUCAAUUUCUGUUAGUCACAUGUCUGUGGAACUUGUUCAGUUUAUGUCUCAGUUGUUGAAUCUUAUAAUGUUCAUAAAAAUAUUUACUCAUGUUAAGUUUGCUGAAAAUAAACGCAGUUGACAGUGAGAGGACAUUUCUUUUUUUGCUGAUUUACCUCAAAAUAACUAAUAAUUUAAAACAGCAAAUACUUACCUAGGUUUUGAUUAAAACAAAAACAAGAACAUGCAAUUUAGUACGUUAAUGGUAUUUACUAACAUAAUAUAAUUGUGUUGUAGGCUACUUUACCCUAGAAUUGGGGUUAUGGCUAGGGUUACUGUCUGUUCAGGGUUACAGAUACGGUUAGGGUUAAGGCUAAAAUAGGUUAUACCUAACUUUUUUAAGGGAUAUACCUAGGGUUAGGUUAGCGGAAGGUUUCGGUUUCUAUUUUUUUCGGCAAAAAACAGUAUGUGUUUAUACCUCUUUUGCUCUCUUGCUCCUCCCCGUGGCCAUCUGUGGGUACUACAUACUUCAUUCACGAUACUCACUGGGUUCAUAAUCUGACGUAGCAACUGCGUCAGAAUUACAAAUCAAUGAGCUAGACCCACCCAUUUGGUUUGCAACUCAGUGAACCUGCAUAGCAUAUGGUCAAUUUGAUGCCUACAAAUGAACAGAUUUCGAUGCAUAUCAAAUUACCCAGCAGCCAUUUAGAAACAACAAAAAUCAUCAAACAAAAUGUUUUUUCUUUAUUAAAAAUUGUAUUCUGCCAGUUUAAAUGGGCAACAUCUUGAAAAAGAGGACAGGGACACGGGUUCAGUUUAGGUUUUACACCUUCUCCUGGAAAAAUAUGGUAAACCAUGACCAGAAAAUGUUUCAUUUUUGAAGGGUAGGAGCCAGCCAUCUCUGCCACUGUGGGUUACCACAAUGUGUACCCAGGUGGCACUAAGUAGCUGUGUUAAUAUUAAGUUACCUGAGAUAAGCCUUCAAGGUUUAUGUGGGUAAAUCUCAUUGCUAACAAUAGCGAAGCUGGCAUUAUGAUGCAGAACAAUGGACUGGGAAUAGAACAUUUGGAAUAUGAGUUGGUGCCUGUGCUCAAUAGAACUCAUAUGAGCUGGCAGGGUGAAAAAUGUCCUAAAAUAAGGCCUGUUUUUUUGUGAUUACUUCAAAACUAUGGCAAGCAGCUGGGACAUAUGGUAAUAUUAUGAAACUUGGCUCCAUGGUGGAUGGAAUUAACUAGUUCUUAUCAGAAAAAAGCGUUGUUAAAAAUGUCAUGUGUCAAGCCUAAUAUAGGUAGAAGCAGCUAACUAGCUUAGCUGCUAGCAAUCCCUACUAGCUAGCUAACAACCACAUCAUGAAUAGUGACAAAGCCAUGGACAGAAAUGACUCAUGCUUGUGAAAUAAUCAGUGCAUGUAUUACUGUUAUAGUAAAGUGCCCUAGUAGUUCCAUUGAGAUUGGGAGAAAUCUGUCCAUAAUAAAGCGCUACCUUCUUAACAGCACUAUCAACAAGGCAGGUCCUACAGGCCAUAGUUUUGUCGCACCUGGACUACUGUUCAGUCGUGUGGUCAGGUGACACAAAGAGGGACAAUUGCAAUUGGCUCAGAACAGGGCAGCACGGCUGGCCCUUGGAUGUACACAGAGAGGAAACAUUAAUAAUAUACAUGUCAAUCUCUGCUGGCUGAAAGUGGGGGAGAGAUUGACAUCAUCACUGCUUGUGUUUAUGAGAGGUGUUGACAUGUUGAAAGCACAGAGCAGUCUGUUUGAACGACUGGCACACAGCCCAGACACCCUCUUCACAGUCCCCAAGUUCAGAACAGACUAUGGGAGGCGCACAGUACUACAUAGAGCAAUGACUACAUGGAACUCUAUUCCACAUCAGGAAACUGAUGCAAGCAGUAGAAUCAGAUUUUUUUUUUAACAGUUAAAAAUACACCUUAUGGAACAGCGGUUACUGUGAAGCAACACAAACAUAGGCAAACAUAUAAUCAAAUUGUAUUUGUCACAUACACAUGUUUAGCAGAUGUUAUUGCGGGUGUAGCGAAAUGCUUGCGCUUCUAGCUCCGACAGUGCAGUAAUAUCGAACAUGUAAUAUCUAACAAUUUCACAACAUAUACCCAAUACACACAAACUAGUAAGGAAUGGGAAUUUAAGAUAUAUACAGAUUGGACAAGCCAUGACAGCGGCCAUGGACUAAGAGACAGUAAAUAUUGUAGAAUCGCAUGGCUAUAUAUAUAAGGCAGCAGCAGCCUCUAAUGUUCUCGUGUGCUAAAUUUAACAGUCUGAUGGCCUUGAGAGAGACGCUGUUUUUUCAUUCUCUCCGGUCCACCCAUCUUUGGGAUGCACCUGACUGACCUCCCGCCUUCUGGAUGAUCGCGGGAUGAACAGGCAGUGGCUCGGGUUGGUUUGAUGUCCUUGAUGAUCUUUUUUGGCCUUCCUUGACUUAAAUCGGGGUGCUGUAUUUGUCUUGAGGUCGGGUAGUUUUGCCCCCGGUAAUGCGUUCUUCCAGACUGCACCACCCGCUUGAGAGCCCUGCGGUGGUGGGGCGGUGCCCGUUCCAGUACCGGCGGGUGCACAGCCCGACAGGAUGCUCUCAAUUGUGCAUCUGUAAAAGUUUGUGAGGGUUUUAGUUGCUAAGCCGAAUUUCUUCAGCCUCCUGAGGUUGAAGAGGGUCUGUUGCGCCUUCUUCACCACACUGUCUGCGUGGGUGGACCAUUUCAGUUUGUCGGUGACAUGUACGCCAAGGAAUUUGAAGCUUUCCACCUUCUCCACUGCGGUCCCGUCGAUGUGGAUAGGGGGGUGCACCCUCUGCUGUUUCCUGAAGUCCACGAUCAUCUCCUUUGUUUUGUUAAUGUUGAGUGAGAGAUUAUUUUCCAGGCACCACACUCCCAGAGCCCUCAUCUCCUCCCUGUAGGCUGUCCCGUCAUUGUUGGUAAUCAAGCCUACGACUGUUGUGUCGUCUGAAAACUUGAUGAUUGAGUUGGAGGAGUGCUUGGCCACGCAGUCAUGGGUGAACAGGGAGUACAGGAGGGGGCUGAGCACGCACCCUUGUGGGGCCCCAGUGUUGAGCGGCCCAUCAGGAAAUCCAGGACCCAGUUGCACAGGGCGGGGUUCAGACCCAGGGCCUCGAGCUUAAUGAUGAGCUUGGAGGGCACUAUGGUGUUGAAUGCUGAGCUAUAGUCAAUGAACAGCAUUCUUACAUAGGUAUUCCUCGUGUCCAGAUGGGAUAGGGCAGUGUGCAGUGUGAUGGCGAUUGCAUCGUCUGUGGGAAAGGGAGAGAUUGAAUAUGUCCAUGAACACACCAGCCAGCUGGUCUACACAUGCUCUGAGGACGCGGUUAGGGAUGCCGUCUGGGCCGGCAGCCUUGCGGGGGUUAACAUGCUUAAAUGUCUUAAUCACGUCGGCCAUGGAGAAGGAGAGGCCACAGUCCUUGGUAGUGGGCCUCGUCAGUGGCACUGUGUUGUCCUCAAAGCGGGCGAAGAAGGUAUUUAGCUUGUCUGGAAGCAAGACGUCGGUGUUGGCGACGUGGCUGGUUUUCCUUUUGUAGUCCGUGAUUGUCUGUAGACCCUGCCAUAUACAUCUUGUGUCUGAGCCGUUGAAUUGCGACUCCACUUUGUCUCUAUACUGAUUAUUUGCCAGUUGAAUUUCCUUGAGUGAGUAGUACUACAGAUGGAUGUACAUGUGUUGUAGAUAGGUGGUAGUGGAGAAGGGGCCUGAGGUCACACACAAUGUAUGCGCACAUGACUGUAAGUCGCUUUGGAUAAAAGCGUCUGCUAAAUGGCAUAUUAUAUUAUUAUAGUGUGUUGUGAAAUUGUAAUGUUUUUAAAAUGGUAUAACUGCCUUAAUUUUGCCGGUCUCCAUUAGCCACGGCAGCAGCUAAUGGGGAUCUAUAAUAAAUACAAAUACAUUGUGCGUUUCCAAAUCCUGAAUCCAUCCAUAGUAUUUCUAUUUGACUUGGUUUGCUGCAGCCUUCCUGGCGGGCAGUCUGGAUAUCCAAGUGUAUGUGCUAAGCAUUGGCUGAGCUGGCAAAUCAGCUGUUUUUGACCGGUAUACACCAAAACCACUCUGAUGUUUCCUAACAGGCCGAGAAGGGUCACAGAGAAAAGCUGCUUUUUAACAUCCAUAAAUAUAAUUUUUUAUUCAUAUUGUAAUUCAUUUUAGGUAUUCUCUAUAUACAGUAUUUCAAUAAAGAGCUAUUAGCAGCAUCAUUUAGCGGAUUUAGUUGAUUUUGAGUUCUCAAACCAGUGAGCAUGCCAACAUUCGUCAUCAAUUGCUAUUUGGAGUUAUUUACAAUGAAAGAGGUGGGAAUUUGUUCCCUUGUCAUAUAAUUGCUACAGUCAUUAUGAAUACAGCAUUAAAAAUAGUUUAAAAAUAGUAAACAUUUUGGUCCUGAGGCAAAACCAGUUGAGAACAACUGGUUUGACAAACAUCCAUCUGUAGUACUAGUCUUUUAAUAUUUUACAUUUACUGAUAGAACUGACUCUAAAUCUAACCGCCAAGAUAUGUUAUGUACAGUGAGGGAAAAAAGUAUUUGAUCCCCUGCUGAUUUUGUACGUUUGCCCACUGACAAAGAAAUGAUCAGUCUAUAAUUUUAAUGGUAGGUUUAUUUGAACAGUGAGAGACAGAAUAACAACCAAAAAAAAUCCAGAAAAACGCAUGUCAAAAAUGUUAUAAAUUGAUUUGCAUUUUAAUGAGGGAAAUAAGUAUUUGACCCCCUCUCAAUCAGAAAGAUUUCUGGCUCCUAGGUGUCUUCUAUACAGGUAACGAGCUGAGAUUAGGAGCACACUCUUAAAGGGAGUGCUCCUAAUCUCAGCUUGUUACCUGUAUAAAAGACACCUGUCCACAGAAGCAAUCAAUCAAUCAGAUUCCAAACUCUCCAUCAUGGCCAAGACCAAAGAGCUCUCCAAGGAUGUUAGGGACAAGAUAUUAGACCUACACAAGGCUGGAAUGGGCUACAAGACCAUCGCCAAGCAGCUUGGUGAGAAGGUGACAACAGUUGGUGCGAUUAUUCGCAAAUGGAAGAAACACAAAAUAACUGUCAAUCUCCCUCGGCCUGGGGCUCCAUGCAAGAUCUCACCUCAUGGAGUUGCAAUGAUCAUGAGAACGGUUAUGAAUCAGUCCAGAACUACACGGGAGGAUCUUGUCAAUGAUCUCAAGGCAGCUGGGACCAUAGUCACCAAGAAAACAAUUGGUUACACACUACGCCGUGAAGGACUGAAAUCCUGCAGCGCCUGCAAGGUCCCCCUGCUCAAGAAAGCACGUAUACAGGCCCGUCUGAAGUUUGUCAAUGAACAUCUGAAUGAUUCAGAGGAGAACUGGGUGAAAGUGUUGUGGUCAGAUGAGACCAAAAUCGAGCUCUUUGGCAUCAACUCAACUCGUCGUGUUUGGAGGAGGAGGAAUGCUGCCUAUGACCCUAAGAACACCAUCCCCACCGUCAAACAUGGAGGUGGAAACAUUAUGCUUUGGGGUUGUUUUUCUGGUAAGGGGACAGGACAACUUCACCGCAUCAAAGGGACGAUGGACUGGGCCAUGUACUGUCAAAUCUUGGGUGAGAACCUCCUUCCCUCAGCCAGGGCAUUAAAAAUGGGUCGUGGAUGGGUAUUCCAGCAUGACAAUGACCCAAAACACACGGCCAAGGCAACAAAGGAGUGGCUCAAGAAGAAGCACAUGAAGGUCCUGGAGUGGCCUAGCCAGUCUCCAGACAUUAAUCCCAUAGAAAAUCUGGGGAGGGAGCUGAAGGUUCGAGUUGCCAAACAUCCGCUUCGAAACCUUAAUGACUUGGAGAAGAUCUGCAAAGAGGAGUGGGACAAAAUCCCUCCUGAGAUGUGUGCAAACCUGGUUGGCAACUACAAGAAACGUCUGACCUCUGUGAUUGCCAACAAGGGUUUUGCCACCAAGUACUAAGUCAUGUUUUGCAGAGGGGUCAAAUACUUAUUUCCCUCAUUAAAAUGCAAAUACAUUUAUAACAUUUUUGACAUGCGUUUUUCUGGAUUUUUUUGUUGUUAUUCUGUCUCUCACUGUUCAAAUAAAACUAACAUUACAAUUAUAGACUGAUCAUGUCUUUGUCAGUGGGCAAACGUACAAAAUCAGCAGGGGAUCAAAUAAUUUUUUCCCUCACUGUAUGUCCAUUACAUGAAAUCCAAAUAGAAAAAAUCAGUUUAAAUUACAGGUUGUAAUGCAACAAAAUAGGAAAAACGCCAAGGGGAAUGAAUACUUUUGCAAGGCGCACACACACACACACACACACACACACACACACACACACACACACACACACACACACACACACACACACACACACACACACACACACACACACACACACAGUACCAGUCAAAGGUUUGGAUACACCUACUCAUUCCAGGGUUUUUACAUUUACAUCAUUUAGCAGACGCUCUUAUCCAGAGCAACUUACAAAUUGGUGCAUUCAACUUAUGCUAGCCAGUGGGACAACCACUUUUUUUUUUUUUCUUUUUUUUGUGUGGGGGAGAGGAGGUAGAAGGAUUACUUUAUAUAUUUUUCUUUAUUUUUACUUUUUUCUACAUUGUAGAAUAAUAGUGAAGACAUCAAAACUAUGAAAUAACACAUAUGAAAUCAUGUAGUAACCAAUAAAGUGUUAAACAAAUCAAAAUAUAGUUUAUAUUUGAGAUUCUUCAAAUAGCCACCCUUUGCCUUGAUGACAGCUUUACACACUCUUGGCAUUCUCUCAACCAGCUUCACCUGGAAUGCUUUUCCUACAGGUUUGAAGGAGUUCCCACAUAUUCUGAGAACUUGUUGGCUUCUUUUCCUUCACUCUGCCGUCCACCUCAUCCCAAACCGUCUCAAUUGGGUUGAGGUCGGGGGAUUGUGGUGGCCAUGUCAUCUGAUGCAGCACUCCAUCACUCUCCUUCGUGGUCAAAUAGCCCUUACACAGCCUGGAGGUGUGUUAGGUCCUUGUCCUGUUGAAAAACAAAUGAUAGUCCCACUAAGUCCAAACCAGAUGGGAUGGUGUAUUGCUGCAAAAAUGCUCUGGUGGCCAUGCUGGUUAAGUGUCACCAGCAAAGCACCAUAACACCUCCUCCUCCAUGUUUUACGGUGGGAACUACACAUGCGGAGAUCAUCCGUUCACCGACACCGCGUCUCACAAAGACUCGGCGGUUGGAACCAAAAAUCUCAAAUGUUUCUCCAGACCAAAGGACAGACUUCCACUGGUCUAAUGUCCAUUGCUCGUGUUUCUUGUCCCAAGCUGUUGUAGUGGUUUCUUUGCAGCAAUUCGACCAUGAAGGCCUGAUUCACACAGUCCCCUCUGAACAGUUGAUGUUGAGAUGUGUCUGUGACUUGAACUCUGUGAAGCAUUUAUUUGGGCUGCAAUUUCUGAGGCUGGUAACUCUAAUUAACUUAUCCUCUGUAGCAGAGGUAACUCUGGGUCUUCCUUUCCUGUUGCGGUCCUCAUGAGAGCCAGUUUAAGGCAUAGCGCUUGAUGGUUUCUACGACUACACUUGAAGAAACUUUCAAAGUUCUUGAAAUGUUCCCGAAUUGACUGACCUUCAUGUCUUAAAGUAAUGAUGGACUGUCGUUUCUCUUUGCUUAUUUGAGCUGUUCUUGCCAUUAUAUGGACUUGGUCUUUUACCAAAUAGGGCUAUAUUCUGUAUACCCCCCCCUACCUUGUCACAACACAACUGAUUGGCUCAAACGCAUUAAGAAAAUCCAUAAAUUAACUUUUAAGAAAGCACACCUGUUAAUGGAAAUCAUUCCUGGUGACUACCUCAUGAAGUUGGUUGAGAGAAUGCCAAGAGUGGGCAAAGCUGUCAUCAAGGCAAAGGGUGGCUAUUUGAAGAAUCUCAAACAUAAAAUAUAUUUUGAUUUGUUUAACACUUUUUUUGGUUACUACAUGAUUCCAUAUGUGUUAUUUCAUAGUGUUGAUGUCUUCACUAUUAUUCUACAAUGUAAGAAAUAGUAAAAAUAAUGAAAAACCCUUGAAUGAGUAGGUGUGCCCAAACUUUUGACUUGUAGUGUAUAUAUAAUCAAAUUAUGAAUGUGAAACAGUCAGAAUUUCACAUUUUUUAAGGGUGUAUUUUCACGCAUAUCUGUUUGACCGUUUAAAAAUAAAAGCAAUUUUUCUAGCCAUGUUGUCUCUUAACAUCAUUGCUGUUGUUUUUCUGUCUGUGAUCCCAGGUGCCCAGGGUGUUGGUUAAUGUUCUGGAGAUCUUACAGAUUGAUGGCCUCCGCAGGAUCAAGAGGAACAGUAUAGGCUGCAGCCUUUUACAAAAGUAUGCAUGUUCAUCAGUUAACCUGUCAAUCUAUUGUCAAUAACAUUGAAGUUUACUCUGUUAUUCAGUCGAUUAGCCUAUUGUUAUAUUUGCAUAUUUGUUGUGGAUUAUACUACUGUAUAUCACAAAUUAACUAACGAUUGCACCCAAAUGGCGUCAGAGGGGAUGGCUGCCGUUUUACGGGCUCCUAACCAAUUGUGCUAUUGUGUGUUUUUUUCGCGUAAUUUGUAAAGUAUUUUGUACAUAAUGUUUCUGCCACCGUCUCUUCUGACCGAAAAGAGCUUCUAGAUAUCAGAACAGCGAUUACUCACCUCGUACUGGACAAAGAUUUUUUCUUUAACGAGUCGGACACGAAGGAUUUACUUCAGACACCCGACAUGGCCCAAAUCCCUGUCAUUCGCAUGAAGAAGAGACAGAGAUAUCGAGGAAUUAGGUUGGGGUGCCUUGUAAGGAUCCGACGGCGAGUGGAUAAUCUGCCUCUACCAUCAGUCCUAUUAGCCAACAUACAAUCAUUGGAUAAUAAAAUGGACGAGCUACGAUCAAGACUAUCCUAACAACGGGACAUUAAAAACAGUAAUAUCUUAUGUUUCACAGAGUCUUUGCUGAAUGACGAUAUUGAAAACAUACAGCUGGCUGGGUUUUCGGUGUAUCGGCAAGAUAGAAAGGCUACCUCCGGUAAGACAAUGGUUGGCAGUCUGUGUAUAUUUGUAGAUAACAGCUGAUGCACAAAAUCAAAUUUUAAGGAAGUCUCGAGGUUUUGCUCGCCUGAGGUAGAGUAUCUGAUGAUAAGCUGUAGACCACACUAUUUAUCAAGAGAGUUUUCAUCUAUAUUUUUCGUAGCUGUCUAUUUACCACCACAAACCGAUGCUGGCACUAAGAUCGCACUCAACAAGCUGUAUAAGGCCAUAAGCAAACACGAAAAUGCUCAUCCAGAGGCGAUGCUCCUAGUGGCCAGGGACUUUAAUGCAGGGAAACUUAAAUUUGUUGUACCUAAUUUCUACCAGCAUGUUAAAUGUGCAACCAGAGGGGAAAAAAAACUCUAGACCACCUUUACUCCACACACAGAGAUGCGUACAAAGCUCUCCCUCGCCCUCCAUUUGGCAAAUCUGACCAUAAUUAUAUCCUCCUGAUUCCUGCUUACAAGCAAAAACUAAAGCAGGAAGUACCAGUGACUCGCUCAAUACAGAAGUGGUUAGAUGACGCAGAUGCUAAGCUACAGAACUGUUUUGCUAGCACAGACUGGAAUAUGUUCCGGGAUUCUUCCGAUGGCAUUGCGGUGUACACUACAUCAGACACUGGCUUCAUCAAUAAGUGCAUUGAUGACGUCAUCCCCACAGUGACCGUACGUACAUACCCCAACCAGAAGCAAGGGAUUACAGGCAACAUCCGCACUGAGCUAAAGGGUAGAGCUACCGCUUUCAAGUAGCGGGACUCUAACCUCCGACGAACCAUCAAACAGGCAAUGCGUCAAUACAGGACUAUGAUUGAAUCGUACAACACUGGCUCCGACGCUCGUCGGAUGUGGCAGGGCUUGCAAACUAUUACGGACUACAAAGGAAAGCACAGCCGCGAGCUGCCCAGUGACACGAGCCUACUGGACAAGCUAAAUGACUUCUAUGCUCGCUUCGAGGCAAGCAACACUGAAGCAUGCAUGAGCGCAUCAGCUGUUCCGGACAACUGUGUGAUCAUGCUCUCCGUAGCCGAUGUGAGUAAGACCUUUAAACAGGUCAACAUUCACAAGGCCAGAUUACCAGGAUGUGUACUCUGAGAAUGCGCUGACCAACUAGCAAGUGUCUUCAUUGACAUUUUCAACAUGUCCCUGGCUGAGUCUGUAAUACCAACAUGUUUCAAGCAGACCACCAUAGUCCCUGUGCCCAAGAACACUAAGGUAACCUGCCUAAAUGACUACCGAGCCGUAGCACUCACGUCUGUAGCCAUGAAGUGCUUUGAAAGGCUGGUCAUGGCUCACAUCAACACCAUUAUCCCAGAAACCCUAGACCCACUCCAAUUUCCCACCUGGGAAAAAGGAACACCUACUUCCUUACACAGGAAGUGGCACAGGUCCUAAUCCACUGGCUAUCAUAAGGUGAAUGCACCAAUUUGUAAGUCGCUCUGGAUAAGAGCGUCUGCUAAAUUACGUAAAUGUAAUGUAAAUGUAAAUAUUUGAGAAUGCUAUUCAUUUACUACAGCUCAGCGUUCAACACCAUGGUGCCCUUAAAGCUCAUCACUAAGCUAAGGACCCUGGGAACUAAACACCUCCCUCUGCAACUGGAUCCAGGACUUCCUGACGUGCCACCCCCAGGUGGUAAGGGUAGGUAAUAACACAUCCACCACACUGAUCCUCAACACUGGGCCCCCUCAGGGGUGCGUGCUCUGUCCCCUCAGGUAUUCCCUGUUCACCCAUGACCGCAUGGCCAGGCACGACUCCAAAACCAUCAUUAAGUUUGCCGACGACACAACAGUGGUAGGCCUGAUCACCGACAACAAUGAGACAGCCUAUUCACCCUCAGGAGACUGAAAAGAUUUGGCAUGGGUCAGAUCCUCAAAAAGUUAUACAGCUGCACCAUCGAGAGCGUCCUGACUGGUUGCAUCACCACCUGGUAUGGCAACUGCUCGGCCUCCGACUGCAAGGCACUACAGAGGGUAGAGCGUACGACCCAGUACAUCACUGGAGCCAAUCUUCCUGCCAUCCAGGACCUCUACCAGGCGGUGUUCAAGGAAGGCCCUAAAAAUUGCCAAAGACUCCAGCCACCCUAGUCAUAGAAUGUUCUCUCUGCUACCGUACGGCAAGCGGUACCGGAGCGCCAAGUCUAGAUCCAAAAGGCUUCUUAACAGCUUCUACCCCCAAGCCAUAAGACUCUUGAACAGCUUAUAAAAUGGCUAUAUGGACUAUUUGCAUUUUCCCCCCACCCAUACCACCCCAUCUUUUACGCUGCUGCUACUCUCUGUUUAUUAUCUAUGCAUAGUCAGUUUACCUCUACCUACAUGUACAUAUUACCUCAAUUACCUCGACUAACCUGUACCGGUAACCCCUGUAUAUAGCCUCGCUACUGUUAUUUUAUUGUUGCUCUUUAAUUAUUUGUUAUUUCAGUUCAUUUUAGUAAAUACUUUCUUAACACAUAUUUUUCUUAAAACUGCAUUUUUGGUUAAGGGCUUGUGAGGUAAGCAUUUCACUGUAAGGUCUAAACCUGUUGUAUUCAGCACAUGUGAGAAAUAAAAUUUGAUUUGAUUCUAUUAUUCACUAAGGGGCCUAUUCAGACUUGACAUACUGUUGACUUAACAUUGACUUAGGUAAAACAAAUGUUGACUUUAUUGACUUAAGUCCAUGUUUUAAAAAAAAUUUAAAUCAUAUUUUCUUUGCCACAUGCGCCGAAUACCUUACAGUGAAAUGCUUACAGUACUUACAAGCCCUUAACCAACAAUGCAGUUUUAAGAAAAAUAAGUGUUAAGUAAAAAAUAGAUAAGUAAAAAAUCAAAAGAUAACAAAUAAUUAAAGUGCAGCUCUAAAAUAAAAUAACAUUAGGGAGGCUAUACAGUGGCUUACGAAAGUAUUCCCCCCCCCCCCCCCUUUUUUCCUAUUUUGUUGCCUUACAACCUGGAAUUAAAAUGGAUUUUUUGGCGGUUUGUAUCAUUUGAUUUACACAACAUGCCUACCACUUUGAAGAUGCAAAAUAUUUUUUAUAGUGAAACAAACAAGAAAUAAGACCAAAAAAAUUGAAAAACAUGAGCGUGCAUAACUAUUCACCACCCCCAAAGUCAAUACUUUGUAGAGCCAUCUUUUGCAGCAAUUACAGCUGCAAGUAUCUUGGGGUAUGUCUCUAUAAGCUUGGCACAUCUAGCCACUGGGAUUCUUGCCCAUUCUUCAAGGCAAAAUUGCUCCAGCUCCUUCAAGUUGGAUGGGUUCAGCUGGUUUACACCUAUCGUUAAGUCAUACCACAGAUUUUCAAUUGGAUUGAGGUCUGGGCUUUGACUAGGCCAUUCCAAGACAUUUAAAUGUUUCCCCUUAGACCACUCAAGUGUUGCUUUAGCAGUAUGCUUAGGGUCAUUGUCCUCAAUCUCUGGAAGACUGAAACAGGUUUCCCUCAAGAAUGUCCCUGUAUUUAGCACCAUCCAUCAUUCCUUCAAUUCUGACCAGUUUCCCAGUCCCUGCCAAUGAAAAAAAAAAACAUCCCUACAGCAUGAACUGCAACCACCAUGCUUUACUGUGGGGUUGGUGUUCUCGGGGUGAUGAGAGGUGUUGGGUUUGCACCAGACAUAGCGUUUUCCUUGAUGGCCUAAAAGCUAAAUUAUAGUCUCAUCUGACCAGAGUACCUUCUUCCAUAUGUUUGGGGAGUCUCCCACAUGCCUUUUGGCGGACACCAAACGUGUUUGCUUAUUCUUUUCUUUAAGCAAUGGCUUUUUUCUGGCCACUCUUCCGUAAAGCCCAGCUCUGUGGAGUGUGCAGCUUAAAGUGGUCCUAUGGACAGAUACUCCAAUCUCUGCUGUGGAGCUUUGCGUGUCAUUCAGGGUUAUCUUUGGUCUCUUUGUUGCCUCUCUGAUUAAUGCCUUCCUUGCCUGGUCCGUGAGAUUUGGUGGGCGGCCCUCUCUUGGCAGGUUUGUUGUGGUGCCAUAUUCUUUCCAUUUUUUAAUAAUGGAUUUAAUGGUGCUCUGUGGGAUGUUCAAAGUUUCUGAUAUUUUUUUAUAACCCAACCCUGAUCUGUACGUCUCCACAACUUUGUCCCUGACCUGUUUGGAAAGGUCCUUGGUCUUCAUGGUGCCGCUUGCUUGGUGGUGCCCCUUGCUUAGUGGUGUUGCAGACUCUGGGGCAUUUCAGAACAGGUGUAUACAGUUGAAGUCGGAAGUUUACAUACACCUUAGCCAAAUACAUUUAAACUCAGUUUUUCACAAUUCCUGACAUUUAAUCCCAGUGAAAAUUCCCUGUUUUAUGUCAGUUAGGAUCACCACUUUAUUUUAAGAAUGUGAAAUGUCAGAAUAAUAGUAGAGAAUGAUUUAUUUCAGCUUUUAUUUCCUUCAUCACAUUCCCAGUGGGUCAGAAGUUUACAUACACUCAAUUAAUAUUUGGUAGCAUUGCCUUUAAAUUGUUUAACUUGGGUCAAACGUUUUCGGGUAGCCUUCCACAAGCUUCCCACAAUAAGUUGGGUGAAUUUUGGCCCAUUCCUCCUGACAGAGCUGGUGUAACUGAGGUUUGUAGGUCUCAUUGCUCGCACACGCUUUUUCAGUUCUGCCCACAAAUGUUCUAUAGGAUUGAGGUCAGGGCUUUGUGAUGGCCACUCCAGCACCUUGACUUUGUCCUUUAGCCAUUUUGCCACAACUUUGGAAGUAUGCUUGGGGUCAUUGUCCAUUUGGAAGACCCAUUUGCUACCAAGCUUUAACUUCCUGACUGAUGUCUUGAGAUGUUGCUUCAAUAUAUCCACAUAAUUUUCCUUCCUCAAGAUGCCAUCUAUUUUGUGAAGUGCACCAGGCCCUCCUGCAGCAAAGCACCCACACAGCAUGAUGCUGCCACCCCUGUGCUUCACGGUUGGGAUGGUGUUCUUCGGCUUGCAAGCUACCCCCUAUUUUCCUCUAAACAUAACGAUGGUCAUUAUGGCCAAACAGUUCUAUUUUUGUUUCAUCAGACCAGAGGACAUUUCUCCAAAAAGUACGAUCUUUGUCCCCAUGUGCAGUUGCAAACCGUAGUCUGGCUUUUUUAUGGCGGUUUUGGAGCAGUGGCUUCUUCUUUGCUAAACAGCCUUUCAGGUUAUGUCGAUAUAGGACUUGUUUUACUGUGGACAUAGAUACUUUUGUACCUGUUUCCUCCAGCAUCUUCACAAGGAUUGAUUUGCACUUUUCGCACCAAAGUACGUUCAUCUCUAGGAGACAGAACGCGUCUCCUUCCUGAGCGGUAUGACGGCUGCGUGGUCCCAUGGUGUUUAUACUUGCAUACUAUUGUUUGUUCAGAUGAACGUGGUACCUUCUGGCAUUUGGAAAUUGCUCCCAAGGAUGAACCAGACUUGUGGAGAUCUACACAUUUUUUUGAGGUCUUGGCUGAUUUCUUUUGAUUUUCCCAUGAUGUCAAGCAAAGAGGCACUGAGUUUGAAGGUAGGCCUUGAAAUACAUCCAUAGGUACAUCUCCAAUUGUCUCAAAUUAUGUCAAUUAGCCUAUCAGAAGCUUCUAAAGCCAUGACAUCAUUUUCUGUACAAUGCAAAUAGUCCGGGUAGCAAUGAUUAGCUGUUCAGUAGUCUUAUGGCUUGGGGGUAGAAGCUGUUAAGCCUUUUGGACCUAGACUUGGCGCUCCGGUACCGCUUGCCGUGCGGUACCAGAGAGAACAGUCUAUGACUAGGGUGGCUGGAGUCUUUGACAAUUUUUUGGAUCUUCGUCUGACACCGCAUGGUAUAGAGGUCCUGGAUGGCAGGAAGCUUGGCCCCAGUGAUGUACUGGGCUGUACGCACUACCCUCUGUAGUGCCUUGAGGUUGGAGGCCGAGCAGUUACCAUGUGAUGCAACCUAUCAGGAUUUCUCUCGAUGGUGCAGCUGUAUAACUUUUUGAGGAUCUGAGGACCCAUACCCAAUCUUUUCAGUCUCCUGAGAGGGAAUAGGCUUUGUCGUGCCCUCUUCACGACUGUCUUGGUGUGUUUGGACCAUGAUAGUUUGUUGGUGAUGUGGACACCAAGGAACUUGAAGCUCUCAACCUGUUCCACUACAGCCCCAUCGAUGAGAAUGGGGGCGUGCUCAGUCCUCUUUUUUUCCUGUAGUCCACAAUCAUCUCCUUUGUCUUGAUCACGUUGAGGGAGAGGUUGUUAUUCUGGCACCACACGUCCAGGUCUCUGACCUCCUCCCUAUAGGCUGUCUCAUUGUUGUCAGUGAAAAGGCCUACCACUUGUGUCGUCAGCAAACUUAAUGAUGGUCGUGCCUGGCCAUGCACAGGGAGUACAGGAGGGGACUGAGGACGCACCCCUGAUGGGCCCCCGUGUUGAGGAUCAGCGUGGCAGAUGUGUUGUUACCUACCCUUACCACGUGGGGGCGGCCCGUCAGGAAGUACUGGAUCCAGUUGCAGAGGGAGGUGUUUAUUCCCAGGGUCCUUAGCUCAGUGAUGAGCUUUGAGGGCACUAUGGUGUUGAACGCUGAGCUGUAAUCAAUGAAUAGUAUUCUCACGUAGGUGUUCCUCUUGUCCAGUUGGGAAAGGGCAGUGUGGAGUGCAAUAGAGAUUGCGUGAUCUGUGGAUCUGUUGGGGUGGUAUGCAAAUUGGAGUGGGUCUAGGGUUUCUGGGAUAAUGGUGUUGAUGUGAGCCAUGACCAGCCUUUCAAAGCACUUCAUGGCUACAGACGUGAGUGCUACGGGUCGGUAGUCAUUUAGGCAGGUUACCUUAGUGUUCUUGGGCACAGGGACUAUGGUGGUCUGCUUGUAACAUGUUGGUAUUACAGACUCAGCCAGGGACAUGUUGAAAAUGUCAGAGAAGACACUUGCCAGUUGGUCAGCGCAUGCUUUGAGUACGCGUCCUGGAAAUCUGUCUGGCCCUACGGCCUUGUGAAUGUUGACCUUCUUAAAAGUCUUACUCACAUCGGCUACAGAGAGCGUGAUCACAUAGUCAUCCGGAACAGCUGAUGCUCUCAUGCAUGCUUCAGUGUUGCUUGCCUCGAAGCAAGCAUAGAAGUGAUUUAGCUUGUCUGGUAGGCUCGUGUUACUGGGCAGCUCGUGGCUGUAAUAGUUUGCAAGCCCUGCCACAUCCGACGAGCGUCGGAGCCGGUGUAGUACGAUUCAAUCUUAGUCCUGUAUUGACUCUUUGCCUGUUUGAUGGUUCGUCAGCGGGCAUAGUUGCAUUUCUUAUAAGCAUCCGGGUUAUAGUCCCGCUCCUUGAAAGCGGCAGCUUUAGCUCAGUGUGGAUGUUGCCUGUAAUCCAUGGAUUCUGAUUGGGGUAUGUACGUACGGUCACUGUGGGAACAACAUCAUCAAUGCACUUAUUGAUGAAGCCAGUGACGGAUGUGGUGUACUCCUCAAUGCCAUCGGAAGAAUCCCGGAACAUAUUUCAGUCUGUGCUAGCAAAACAGUCCUGUAGCUUAGCAUCUGCAUCAUCUGACCACUUCCUUAUUAACAGAGUCACUGGUGCUUCCUGCUUUAGUUUUUGCUUGUAAGCAGGAAUCAGGAGGAUAUAGUUAUGGUCAGAUUUGCCAAAUGGUACGCGUCUCUGUGUGUGGAGUAAAGGUAGUCUAGAGUUUUUUCGUGCCAGCAUCAGUUUGUUGUGGAAAAUAGACAGCUACGAAAAAUAUAGAUGAAAACUCUCUUGGUAAAUAGUGUGGUCUACAGCUUAUCAUGAGAUACUCUACCUCAGGCGAGCAAUACCUUGAGACUUCCUUAAUAUUAGAUUUUGUGCACCAGCUGUUGUUUACAAAUAUACACAGACCGCCAACCCUUGUCUUACCAGAGUCAGACGUUCUAUCCUGCUGAUGUAGCGUAUAUCCCACCAGCUGUAUGUUAUCCAUGGAAGAGGGAGAUUACUCGCUCGCCGUCGGAUCCUUACAAGGCACCCCGAACUACGUCCACGAUAUCUCUGUCUCUUUCUCAUGCUAAUGAUGGAGAUUUGGGGCUUGUCGGAGUGUCUGUAGACUAUCCUUCGCGUCCUACUUGUUGAAGAAAAAAUCUUCGUCCAUUACGAGGUGAGUAAUAGCUGUCCUGAUAUCCAGAAGCUCUUUUUGGUCAUAAGAGACGGUGGUAGAAACGUUAUGUACAGAAUAAAUUACAAAUAUCGCGAAAAAACAACCAUAAAAGCACAAUUGGUCAGGGGGCCGUAAAACGUCAGCCAUCUCCUCCGGCGCCAUUCUGAACAUAUUGACUUAAGUCUACUUACAGUGCAUUCAGAAAUUAUAAUAAUAAUAAUAAUAAUAUGCCAUUUAGCAGACGCUUUUAUCCAAAGCGACUUACAGUCAUGCGUGCAUACAUUUUUCAGACCCCUUCACUUUCUCCACAUUUUGUUACGUUACAGCCUUAAUCUAAAUGUAUUUUGUUUAAAUGUCCUCAUCAAUCAACACACAAUACGCCAUAAUUUUUAUAUAUACAUACAAUACCUGUCAAAAGUUUGGACACCUACUCAUUCAAGGGUUUUUCUUUAUUUGUACUAUUUUCUACAUUGUAGAAUAUUAGUGGAGACAUAAAAACUAUGAAAUAAGUGUUACGACUUCCUCCGAAUCUGCCUCCUCUCCCUGUUCGGGCAGGCUUCGGCGUUCGUCGUCACCGGCCUUUUAGCCACUUCUGCUCCAUAUCUCAUCAUUCUAUUUGUUUUGUCUUGUCUAUUACACACACCUGGUUCAUAUCCCCUCAUUAGUCCGUGUAUAAGUGUUCCCUCUGCCCCUUUGUCCUUGUGGGUGAUUGUUUAUUGUGAGGAGAUAGUUGCUCGGUUGAGCUCAGUGCCUGUUUGUUCCAGUGUGCCUGUUUUGCGCACUGGAUUGGUUAACGCUGUAUUACGGAAUAAACUCUGUAUACAGUGAUAUACCCUCCUGCGCCUGACUCCUUCAAAUCACGCAUCACAAUCAGUAGGUGUAUCCAAACUUUUGACUGGUACUGUAUAUGAAAUAUCACAUUUACAUAACUAUUCAGACACUUUACUCAGUACUUUUUUGAAUACAUGAGGUUGGUGGCACCUUAAACUCGAUCCUGACUAGUCUCCCAGUCCCUGCCGCUGAAAAACAUCCCCACAGCAUGAUGCUGCCACCACCAUGCUUCACCGUAGGGAUGGUAUUGGCCAGGUGAUUAGCGGUGCCUGGUUUCCUCCAGAUGUGACGCUUGGCAUUCAGGCCAAUGAGUUCAAUCUUGGUUUCAUCAGACCAGAGAAUCUUGUUUUCCAUGGUCUGAGAGUCCUUUAGGUGCCUUUUGGCAAACUCCAAUGGGGCUGUCAUGUGCCUUUUACUGAGGAGUGGCUUCCGUCUGGUCACUCUACCAUAAAGGCCUGACUGGUGGAGUGCUGCAGAGAUGAUAGUCCUUCUAGAAGGUUCUCCCAUCUCCACAGAGGAACUCUGGAGCUCUGUCAGAGAGAUCAUCAGGUUCUUGGUCACCUCCCUGACCAAGACCCUUCUCCCUCGAUUGCUCAGUUUGGCCGGGCGGCCAGCUCUAGGAAGAGUCUUGGUGGUUCCAAACUUCUUCCAUUCAAGAAUGAUUGAUUGAGGCCGCUGUGUUCUUGGGGACCUUCAAUGCUGCAGAUAUUUUUUACUACCCUUCCCCAGAUCUGUGCCUCGACCUAAUCCUGUCUCGGAUCUCAAGGACAAUUCCUUCGACCUCAUGGCUUGGUUUUUGCUCUGACAUGCACUGUCAACUGUGUGUGCCUUUCCAAAUCAUGUCCAAUCAAUUGAAUUUACCACAGGUUGAUUCCAAUCAAAUUGUAGGAUCAUCAAUGGAAUCAAGAUGCACCUGAGCUCAAUAUUGAGUCUCAUAGCAAAGGGUCUGAAUACUUAUGUAAAUAAUGUAUUUCCGUUUUUUAUUUUUAAUACAUUUGUAAAAAUGUCUAAAAACCUGUUUUCGCUUUGUCAUUUUGGUGUAUUGUGUGUAGAUUGAUGGGGAUUUUUAUUUAUUUAGAAUACUUUCCUAAUGCACUGUGUCUUAAGUCUGAAAGGGGUCCUAAAUUAUUAACUGUUCAAUCAGUCAACUUAUCAAUUAGUUCAAGAUGAACACACAGUACAGAUUCCAGAGCUCACAAUGAAACAUUCCUUAAGACAGCAGUAGUCCAAAGUCCUCCUUGUUGUGUCUCAGGAACGUCUGUCCUUGCUUCAUAAUACCGGGAGAGGACUCACUGGAGCUGUCUGAGAUCAAACGGAUCAAUCGGGAAUUCCAGGUCAGUGAACUUGAAGAAUGGAGACAUGAAUUGCUUACACACAUAUUUUGGUCCUACACAGGUCAGGGUGUAUAUUAUAUAAUUGUUAUCAUAUAUUUGGACACACCUUGGUCAGGAAUCUAUCGAAGACGCACUAUAGCAGAGGUCACUACAGCUGACAAUGCGGCUUUCAAAGGCGUUCGCGGCGAUCACAUUCAUGGUAAACGCAGGGUAAACGCUCAAGCGUAAAUUACCUUUAACAGGCUGUUAUAGUGCUCUGCGCUAUUGCCCGCCUUGAAUUUAAUCCAGGCACUUGUCUUUACAACUAAGGCAUUACUUCAUUUUGUUAUACAAAUACAUUCAUGUAAGAUUAAAAGGCAAUGAGCUUGUAUAAUUGUAUCCAGUUUAUUGUUUGUUGAAACUGUUUUUACGCCCCUCAGGAUGAGACAGAGAGUCUGGUCUAUGGGGGUCGCUAUGACAACCGUGAGGACUUUACUGUGGUCCUCCAACCCUACUUCCGAAACUCCAUCGUCCCUUUGAACUCAGUAAGUGUAUGUUCAGGGUUUAUCUACAGUAAUUGUGGCCAGUACUGAAAGUUUCACAGACAUUCAAACGGCUGUAGGUCAUCAGCAUCUUUCGGCUGCAUUGCUCAUAAUCAACGUGUGUAGGUACUUACAUAUUGAUAUGCUACACUAUAUAUACAAAAGUAUGUGGACACCCCUUCAAAUUAGAGGAUUCGGCUAUUUCAGCCACACCCGUUUCUGACAGGUGUUUAAAAUCAAGCACACAGCCAUGCAAUCUCCAUAGACAAACAUUGGCAGUAGAAUGGCCCGUACUGAAGAGCUCAGUCACUUUCAACGUGGCACCGUCAUAGGAUGCCACCUUUCCAACAAGUCAGUUCGUCAUAUUUCUGCCCUUCUAGAGCUGCCCCGGUCAACUGUAAGUGCUGUUAUUGUGAAGUGUAAAUGUCUAGGAGCAACAACGACUCAGUCGUGACGUGGUAGGCCACACAAGCACACAGAAUGGGAUUGCCGAGUGCUGAAGCGCAUAGCACGUACAAAUUGUUUGUCCUCAGUUGCAACACUCACUACCGAGUUCCAAACUGCCUCUGGAAGCAACGUCAGCACAAGAACUGUUCGUUGGGAGCUUCAUGAAAUGGGUUUCCAUGGCCGAGUAGCCGCACACAAGCCUGAGAUCACCAUGCGCAAUGCCAAGAGUCGGCUGGAGUGGUGUAAAGUUCACCGCAAUUGGACUCUGGAGCAGUGGAAACGCGUUCUCUGGAAUGACAAAUCACGUUUCACCAUCUGGCAUUCCGAUGGACGAAUCUGGGUUUGGCAGAUGCCAGGAAAACGCUAUUGCCCAAUGCAUAGUGCCAACUGUAAAGUUUGGUGGAGGAGGAAUAAUGGUCUGGUGCUGUUUUUCAUGGCUCGGGCUAGGCCCCUUAGUUCUAGUGAAGGGAAAUAUUAACGCUACAGCGUACAAUUACAUUCUAGACGAUUCUGUGCUUCUAACUUUGUGGCAACAGUUUGGGGAAGGCCCUUUCGUGUUUCAGCAUGACAAUGCCCUCGUGCACAAAGCGAGGUCCAUACAGAAAUGGUUUGUCGAGAUCGGUGUGGAAGAACUUGACUGGCCUGCACAGACCUCAAACCCAUCGAACAUCUUUGGGAUAAAUUGGAACACCGACUGCAAGCCAGGCCUAAUCGCCCAACAUCAGUUCCCGACCUCACUAAUGCUCUUGUGGCUGAAUGGAAGCAAGUCCCCGCAGCAAUGUUCCAACAUCUAGUGGAAAGAUGAGUGAAGAAAACAAGAUUCCCAGAAGAGUGGAGGCUGUUAUAGCAGCAAAUGGGGGACCAACUCCAUAUUAAUGCCCAUGAUUUUGGAAUGAGAUGUUUGACGAGCAGGUGUCCACAUACUUUUGGUAAUGUAGUGUAUUUGACUGUGCAAAACUGUAAAGAUUACUCAAGUAAUGGCUUGAGUUCGAUAUAUGUUCUCUCUCUCAGGAAGGUAAGCCGGACAUUACUUACUUCUCCGUGGACUGUUUUCACUUUAGUGAGCAGGGACAUGCUGAAAUGGCCAUUGCACUAUGGAAUAACAUGGUGAGUCUGGUUAGGGAACUGAUGAUUGAGUAAUCACUGCAUGUGCUUGGGUAGAAAGGGCACCUUUGGUACUUUAUUGGGUUGGUACAUUUUUGUGACAACAGUACAAUGGUAGGUGGAAGCCUUAGUCAUGUUUCAUUGUUGUUUCAUUUGCAGUUGGAGCCAGUGGGCCAAAAGCAGACCCACAAUAACUUCACAUAUGACCGCAGCAAGAUUCAGUGCCCCAUAGAGGUAGGAUGUUACCACUGUACAACAGUCACACAUUGUAACACUCAGUUAUUUUUAUAUAAAAUAUAAACGCAACAUGUAAAGUAUUGGUCCCACGUUUCAUGAGCUGAAAUAAAAGAUCCCAGAAAUGUUCCAUACGGCAAAAAAUAUUAUUUCUCAAACAAUUUGAGCACAAAUUUGUUUACAUCCCUGUUAGUGAGCAUUUCUCCUUUGCCAAGAUAAUCCAUCCACCUGACAGGAAGUGGCAUAUCAAGAAGCUGAUUAAACAGCAUGAUCAUUUCACAGGGGAAAAUAAAAGGCCACUUUAAAAUGUGCAUGUUUUGUUACACAACACAAUGCCACAGAUGUCUCAUGUUUUGAGGAAGCGUGCAAUUGGCAUGCUGACUGCAGGAAUAUCCACAAUUUCUCUAGCAUAAGCCGUUUCCAACAUCAUUUUAGAGAAUUUGGCAGUAUGUCCAUCCGGCCUCACAACCACAGACCGCAUGUAACUACGCCAGCCCAGGACCUCCACAUCCGGCUUCUUCACCUGUGGGAUCGUCUGAAACCAGCCACCUGGACAACUGAUGAAACUGAGGAGGAUUUCUGUCUGUAAUAAAGCGCUUUUGUGGGGGAAAAACUCAUUCUGAUUGGCUGGGCCUGGCUCGCAAGUGGGCCAAGUGGGUGGGCCUAUAACCUCCCAGGCCCACCCUUGGCUGGACCCCUGCCCAGUCAUGUGGAAUACAUAGAUUAGGGCCUAAUUAAUUUAUUCAAUUGACUGAUUUCCUUAUAUGAACCGUAACUCAGUAAAAUCGUUGAAAUUAUUGCAUGUUGCGUUUAUAUUUUUGUUCAGUAUAUAUCCUAAUACUAUCCUGUACUGGCUAUAUAUAAAAAAUAAUUUAACAUGCCUGCUACUGUAAGGGUGCCUUCAAGCCAAAGCACAUGAAAAGUAUGUCAGUAUGUGGUGGGGAAGAAUUAUAAGAUAGAAAUGCUGUUCUACGUUUUAAAUUGGUUGACGGAUACGUCUAUUCUGUUGGGCAGUGCAACACAAAACUAGGCCCUCCCCCAACGUACUUCUCUCACUGAGGGUAAAUUCAAUUAAGCUGACCCGGGUUGCACUGGGCUAUGGCCCGUCACGUGACUGGGUGAAGCCGGUGAGGGAAGCACGCCCUGCUCAGAUCUAACAAUAAUCUGUGCCGCUCGGUCAUAUUUUCAACUAGGCAGCAUAAUGCAUUGCUCAGAAACAUACACCUCUUUUUCAUAAAAUAUAUGUUUGAAUUUUCCAAGUAGUUUUCAUUGGGAAGGCAUAUAAAGUGUUUUUAUAAAAAGCCAUCACUUUUGCAUGUGAAAACAUACAAUCCUGUCAUUACUACACGUGCUUUACCUAGGUCACUUUUGUUUUGAGCCGACUUUAGCUGUCGACCAGAAGGGGGCAUCCGGCUCAAACCCGGGAAGCAGCCCGGUUCCAAAACGAAUGCAAUCACUUUUCACCCGGGCCAUUUUAAUCGAAUCCUCUCAUUGAAAAGCAAUGAGUUGCUGCAUUUUUUACACAUCAAUUUGUCUGGAUUAUUCUGAUGUAUUCUGACUUUGAACUUCAGGUUAGCUGAAGCCAGAUAGCUUGAGAAAAUGUAGACUUUAUUGAGCCCUUUUAUCCAUCAAUGAUUUGUCAUGUAGCAGUAUGUCAAGUCUUUUACUGCAGUCACUGUCCCACAAAACCAAAUGCAUAUACCAGUAUGUAAUAUGUGCUAUCUGCUACUAUCUUUCAGGAUCAUCCUUACAUCUUCACUAGAGUGAACAGUUUCCCCAGUGUGCCUACCACAUCAGCACCCAGCACAGCCACUCCUCUCAAUGCAAUCUGCUCAGAUAAUGUGCCGGUAUGGGUGGCUGCAGUGCUGGCGGUGGUGGGCCUCCUGAUUGGCUGGGGUGUGACCUGGCUCCUCCUCUCCUGCAGGAAGAAGAAAAACAGGAGGAAGAUGGAA